AUAAAAAAACGCUCAUGACACGGAGAGGGACGACCUGCCAGGCGUAAAGCUAAUAAAAUCAUCUGUGGCGAUAAUCCGCUUUUAAAUUGGCCUCAAUCGGGAACUGAGAAAAUCUCCACACUGGAUUUUAUUCUCUCUCUCACACACACAUAGACACACUCAUUCACGGCCAACAUUUUUAGAUUGCUAUGUCGUGACCGGAGCGAUGCAAAUGUCACACAAUUCAUUGGCUACUGUCAGUCUCCGGUACCAAAACGUCAAUGUUUUGAUGGCGUUUGGCUGAAAUUGGCCCUGCUGCUGCUGCUGCUGCUGCUGUGGAAGGAAGCUGGGAAUCGGGGGAAGAGCCGAGGAUUGGUCCUGCUCGUUUCAGCACCUGGACAGCUCCGCUCGCAGGGAUCCCCGCUGCGCUCGCCGGGGAAACCCUCCACUGAGGAGCGGGAUCUGGACCUCGAUCUGGAGCAGCGAUUCUAAUCAGGGAUGGAAUAUUUUCUUUUUUAACCCACCAGGACACUUUAAAGCUACCAUGAGCUUCCCUAGUGACGAUGCUUCUUGUGUUUGAGCUUCAGCCCCUUUCUGGUUUUGCACUGAAAUCCAAGCAGCGCAAGUGGGAGCAGCGGAAGCAGGAGCAGCAGCAGUGGUGGUGGUGGUGUUGGUGUUGGUGGUGCUCAUCCAAUGCAAAAGUGCUAAGGAUAGCUGCAGCCUACACACACUGUGAGCCUGCUGCUGCUUCACUCACUCUGAUCAUCACCGAGGGAGACAUCACUAUCAGCAAGGGGGCAGCGGGAGGCACGAUUACUCGUCAACAAUGUAAAUCUUACACAGGUAGGUCUGAAUUAAUAAUUCAUUUACGCCUAGAGAGGUGCGCUGGGCAAGAGUUGUGCACAAAACUGACAUUUAUUUUCAUUUAUAGUUUCUCCUUUCUGGCUUCUGAUAGCAUCUAAUUCAGUUCAUUCAGACUCUGAUUUGCACCUAUCUGUGGAGUGUUUGAUCUCAAGCUUGCUGUUUGCACAAAAUGCUUGAGUUUAAGAUUAAAAGUUCACAUCGAAAAAAAGUUCCUUGAUGUUUGCACUCUGGAAAGUCUUAUAUAUUUAUGUGGCUCUGUCUAAUGUUAAAAUGUUAUUCAAUUAUGGGGUAGUUGUUGGAUUUGUUAGCUGUGAAGGCAACUUAAUAUCUUCUUGUGUAUCCAUUUUUUGUGUAUAUCAAAGUUCAACUAUCAUUUAAACUUUGCAAAAAACAUUUGGCCUAAUGUGUCUGUUCCCCAAGGUUCAUUGUUAAAGCAUGUGAUGAAAGCAACUAGUUAUACCUUCAUUAUGCAUCAAAUGAACAGCUUACAAGAUAGAUGUUGCUAGCCAGUUGUCUCAAAACUGUCUCAAAAAAUUUGCAAGAGUUGGUAAAACAACUUUUGAGCUUAUAGUUUCCAGCCACCCACAUGUAAGUCAUGCAUCUCUUUCGUUCUCGUCUAAAAUCAGAGGACUGUUCUUCACCGGCAUAAAUGACCGUGUUCUUCCUUCUCAGGUUCAUUAUGACAGCAUCAUUCAGGUGAAAAGGUGAACUGCAGCGCAAACAAGAAUCUGAACCGAGAACAAACCUUUGUGACAACAACCACCACCACUCUUGGGAUCAUCUAACAUCAUGGCAAAUGCUGAGUAAGUACAGGACAUCACUUGACUUUUUUUCCAGUGCAACCCUGCAGACAAAUUGAAAAAAACAAAAGGAUACGAUAGUUUAGGGGACAAGUCAGUCGUUGUCAAAUGAGGAACUGCUUGCUUACAGGUUACACAUAUCCUAACUCCUUCUCUUCAUUCAAUCUCCUCUUUCACUGUGCGCUCGUCUCUGCGGAAAUGAUUUUUACUCACCGGACAGUGCCUCUGUUGAGGUAUCUUUGACCCUAUAAUCUCUCUGAAUGAAAAACACUCAGAUGCAGAGACACACCUGCACAAUGCUGACCAUACAGAGCGUUUAUUCUGUAUCUGUAAACACAGGAGGUCACUAUGUUAAUCCUUUCUGCAAAGCAACACACAGUUUAAUGAUUACAAUUAUAUACAUGAACAUCACAAAUUAACUCCAUCUUCAAACAAACCCUCUCCAGCUUCAGUUUUCCCUCUGAUUUCCAUUUUUAAUCUGUGCACGCCGUGUUUGCACUGAAAACAGCUGAUGCGUUUUGUGCCUUCGCCUGAGUGUGUUUGUGAGUGUGUGUGAAGACAAAAGUGAAAGGUAGAGAACACAGAAAAUCAUUAUUCUGUUAACUUACGAUUCUGCUGCUGUAGCAUGACUCUGUAAUUUGUCCUGUCUUAACUAGCUACAUUUAUUCUCUUGACCUAGAUGAAUAGCCCUAAAUCGACGCUCUGUUUGUGCUUAAAAAGGGACCGGUUCUGCACCUCGUCCCACUGUGAGCUCAGUUCAGUGAGUGUCAGUCGCAAUGUCACACCAUGCUGUGGUUAAGGUGAAAUGCGUCCUCAAACAGAUGACGAUCGCUCACAAAACAACAGCUUUAUUAGUCCCCCUUAAACUACCUUUAUCAACUGGAUUUAUGCACUUUAAAUGUGAGUGUUAGAAUAACAGACUCAUUUCUUUAGCUUUAAAAUCAUUUACAUCCAACUAUAAAAAGUGAAAAGAUCUUUGAAAGCAGUGUUUAGAGAGAAGUUCCCAGAUCUCAUGUGGGGUUAUAGAAACAAGUUUAUUCAUUAAAUUGUACUCAAAUAAUUGAACUACUACCAUUUAUUAUGUCGAGGAAAAAGCCCUUGUGCCUGCUGUAUUUUUGUCAUGGCAGUAUUGUUUUCUUACUCAGGCUUGAAUCAAUGUUUAAUCUUGUGGCUUUUGUCCUAAUGCGACAUAGGGAGGUCACAAAUUGAGUCAGGAGCUUUGUAAGAUGAUCAAAACAGUUGGAGAAGAAAAACAAAAAUGCAGCACAAGUACGUAACCUAUAUUUUGACUUCUCUGUAUCUUUUUUUUAAUUAAUAUCCCAAAUUCACCUUUCACUAAACAGAGUCACCAUUAAUUUAAUCUCUGUCUUAUAUAUAUCUUUAUCUUUAUAAGUGUUUUUCCCGUCAAAAUCUGGAUUUAAUAAGUAACCUGUAAAUAUGAUAGUCAGACAAUACAGAGAAAAUAUACAUUAUUUUCCUCUGAAAUGUGUGAUGGUAAAAAUAAGCAUAAAAUAGAAAUAAAGAACCUCACCUCAUGGUAUUUAUAAAAACCGUAAAUCCUGUGUUAUGGGGCCAUUUCCCUCAAGUUUCAGAGAGGUUGUUGGUGCUGAUAGGAACAAUUCAUUUAUGUUAUGGUGUGGUUGUUAACCUUGUUUAUGCACCUCCAUGGUGAAGCUGGACAGGUUGAGGGACUUUGUCUUUUUCAUUUAGAAGGUUUUAGUGGACAAACACAUGGUGUCUUUUUGCUGGUUGAGAGAAACUACGUCUACCAAUAGCUGGACAUUCAGCACGGUUAAUGCAUGCAGUUAAUGACUAGAGCUAGUCAGUAUUGCAUAUAAAAGGAGAACUCCACUGACUUUUAAUACAAAAUUCAGUUUACUCUUUGUUGAGGACAUGAUACUGAGGCUGGAAAUGUGCAUAGUUUGGUUGACUGUAGGAAACUUUCCACAAUAAGAAUUAGAAAAAAAAAAGAAAAAACAUGGUAAAAAUAAAUCUAGCAUUAUCAUUGUGUUGAAGCAUUUAGUAACUUUUUUUGGAAGCAAUUUGACUGUAAUUGUGAUGGCACACUGAUAUUAGAAGAAAAAAGUAAAACCAGUCGUAUUACUCAGUUGUAGAAAGCCUUUAUUACAAACACCUCCAGUCGCUGAUUUAAGCUGGAUAUCCUCAGAAAGAUGUCAUGGGGCUGGGGCAAAGGAGCUGGAAAGAAAUGAAUUGUAUCCAAAGGUGCUGAUUCUUGCAAAACGUUGCUUAUAGUAGAUGGUGGGGUUUCAUUGUAAAUCAAAGGUGGCUGAGUAGGAUGAUACUACCCAUCGAUAAGGGGGCUCCACUCAUGUGUACAUCAAGGCAAUUAAGCUUUCUGGUCGUAGAAACUUGAAGGAGACAGUGAACAGAGGAGGUGUGGUAACUCUCUGUGAAGAGUCGGCCGCGAAGGCUCAUCCUAGCUUGGACCUGGGAACUUUUUUUUUCUAUCCAUCCCAAGGUUUAGUGUUUAGUUUAUGAGGAUUUGCCAGAGUUUGACUUUCUAAAACUAUAAUUAUUUACUCAUGGUGGUAGUAAGUUGUGAGAUAUAACAUCUCUUCAAUAUCACAUUGAACAUGUAAUGAGACAGCUUUCUUCAAUUAUCGUCUUAGCUAUUUUUUUUUGCAAACUAAUUAUUCUUGUGGAAAAAAAAGUCUUACUCUAGGUUACUGCUUGUCGAAAUACCCAAAUUGUUAUCUCCAACAUUCCAACAUUUGAUAUUGUUUAGAUUGCAACUGUUGCUACAAAUAAUCAAUUAAGCUCGAUAUGCAACAGGCUACACCUUAAACAGAAGCAGAAUAUAAUGAUUGUCUGUAAUGCUUCCACUACAUGCAAAAAUUCAUUGCAUGUCAGUUCAAACAGUCUACAGAAUUCAACCUUUUCAGUCAUGAAGUUUUCCAAUGCCCACAUUCCCUCAUGCGUCUGUAGAAUUAAAAUAAUCUAUUAUUGGAAACUGACACAGAGUAAAAAAAGGUCCAUGGACCUCUCUGUUAUGAAGAAGGUUUAUGUACAUCUGCUGUCUCAGUCCUGCUAUGUGAGGGUCUCUGUGUCUCCUGCCUCCUCUUCAGCUUGUAUCUGUAAAGGUCAGAUAAGAGACUGGUCACACCAGGGCCAGAACAGUCCAUUGUGCAGUCCACCAAUUCAUCAUAGUUUAAUCUGUAAUAUUAUUAAUGAGCUAAUGUGCCUAGCAGACUUCAUUAAUAUCCAGCAGCAUAAAAAUUACCAAAGUUUCUUUGGAAGUUGAAUUGUUCCAUGAAAUUACCCGGAGCAAUUUGUAAAAUCUGCAAAAGUGACGGAUGAUUUAUACGACAACAAGGACACUGUGUUUAACACAAAUUUGAAUUAUGCAAGUUGUUGCCCUAUAAAGACUGUUGCUGCAGUUGAUAAGGUGAAUACUGACCGUAAUUCAAGCGAUCCGGGUGUCACUGUUUUGGCAGAGGCUAAUCUGAAUGCCAAUAAAGUCCCCUCUGUAAAAGCUGACACAAUUUCCUUUGCUCCAUCUUUGUCUAGUAAUUUAAAAUCCAUACUUUGGAUGUGCAUGAGCAGCACAGACCACCAUUGCCCACAGUGUUCACUUUCUAAGCAGCAACAAAAAGACUUUUCUUCAAUUUACUGCACCACAGCAGUGUGGGAACAUUGUCAAGAUUACGUUAUUCGUGGUCAGACUGGCUGAGGCAUUAAGUCAGACUUUUAGUUUGAAGUUGUACAAAAGUUUGAAACGUCUGUAUGUUGCAACAACAGUGGAAAAACUUAGUGUGCAGUGCGUUUUGAACACUAAUACACAAUGAUGUCCUGCUUCUCCAAAGUUCUCCUCAGCAGCUGGUGGGAGCAGGGAACAUCUGCUUUGUGCCGUCUUAUUCUGGCCAAGUUUUGGGUGUGUUUUAUACCCUCAGGUGUUCUACUCAGACAGCCUCAUCUAACAUGUGUGUUCUGAUCCCAUAGUCCAUCAAGACCUUAGAUAUAGGGUUUCAGAAAAAAUGCGUAAAAAGUAAAAGAAAGCUGUUCAGAAAAUGUAUUUUCAGAGCUGAUAUCAGGCUUUGUACCCUGUGCGAUGUAUUGUUUUGAAAUGAUAGCUAAUAGUUUCCUUGUCUUUACUGAUGCAUAUAUUCAUGACAUUUUAGAGCAUGAAAGAAGACCAUGUUAAACUGAAAUAACAGAAGAAGUGUCCAGUUGAAAAUACACCACCUGACAUGAGCUGCCCCCUACCCCAACCUGUAAAGCUUUUAGUCGUACCGCUAUGAAGUAAAUCUUAAAAAUGCAACUGCAGAUCUUUUCCCCCUCAUGUGAGGUGAAAGUGGAAUUUUGGAUUUAUGAACGCUGUCCAAUAAAAGUUUAAAACGGACAUAAACUUACUGAGUUCACUUUACAGCCCUUUUAGGUCGAUUUAAUUAAAAUAAAAUCCACACGUCCAUGCCGUUCUUGUCACAACUUUCUCACUCUGUUGUUCAUUUUUUGGGUCAUUUUUCUCAUCAGUUUGUGGAAGCUUGUAUCUGAGACCACCAGGGCGGAGAUGUUAGAAAGUCUUCAUUCAUUUACUAAUAUGUUAACAAUAUCAAGGGAUUAUCAUGCUGAGUUAUUUAUAGUUUGUGCAGAGAUGAAGGAUCCACUGCAGUGUGUAGUGAGUUACCUCAGAAUCAGUGCAUAGGUCUCCAAACAAGCUAGCAGCUCCCUCAUGCUUUGCUAACAUACAGCAGUACUUUGAGCUAAACGCUUACCUCAUCAGCAUGCUCUCAUGUCUCAUGCCAAAAUGCACGUCUCAUGCCAAAUGCAAAUAUUUAGUGUGUUUAACAUGCUUUCAAGGAAACACAAUGUACUUAUUCUGCAAUGAGCACAAAUUUACCGUGCUCAGUAGCGUAGUGUUGAGAAAGAUGCUGAGAUUGCUCAUUACUAAACAAUGCCAAAGACUUCCUUUACUUCUCCCCAAGGCUGCGUACAGCCCUGCAAACUGAUCAUAAGGGUCAUGAGCGAGUCACUCCAGUGGUCAAAUAAAGAAGUCAGGCUCACAGUUACUUUCAUGACCUUCUGUUUCGGCCAUGAAAUCCCUUGAGCAACUUUUGUCACAUAAUGACCUUUCCUACCUGGCCCACAACUCUACAGUCCAAUAUGUAAUUUUAUCUGCCACCCCCUGGGGGAUCCUGCUUCCCUGAAUAUCACUUCUUUCCUCUGGGUGCUCUUCUGCAGUUGCGUUCUUUUUAGUCUUUCCAUGAAAUUGUGUUUUUCUGAAUUUUGCAAUUGCCACUUUCAGUUAGAUAGGAACAUUGGGGAACACAGAAAGGUCAGGAUUUAUGUUUAGGACAGCGAAAAUAACCCUCACAGAUAUAUUAUACAGAAGUGAGUCUGUCUUUGUGCUUUCAUUUUCAUCAACAGCUUUAGUGUUAUGGUUCGCCAAUGUUACUGUCACGGAUAACAUCAAAUUAUAAGAGCAUCAUCAUAAAAAUUGUAUCAGAACUACAACUGUUUAAUAUGAUGAACAACGUUUUUUUUUAAAUUACCAUGAAUACAUUUUAAACAUGUUACAUUUCAAAAACCUAUAUGAUUUUUGUGUAAUAUUAACGUAGCUGUCAACAAAAUGAGUGUGACAUAUACAACAAGGAUUAUCUUACUGAAGCACGCCAAACAACUGUCUCUUGAAUAUCUAAAAAUGCACAGCCUACUCUAUUCCUUUACAUAAGAACUUUAUUUACAUUAUACAUAAAAAUCCAUGGUCUGAGUCUGCAGCUCUCCCUGAUAUCUUGUCUGGCAGCUCUGCAGCACGCCAGGUAUAUUACUGUAAGCUGUGAGCUGGUGGGGCUCUGGACAGCUUGUGUCUGUCAUGAGUGGUUAUGUGUGCGGUCCUGAUUGUUUGGGAAGAGAGCCAAAGCUGCUGCUGUGCUGUAGAUGAGAGGUGGUAUGGAUGAGGUGCUGUGUGUAGGAGAAGUGUGGAGAAAACAACAUCUAUCAGGCCAACCCACUGUGGCAUAAUGCUGUGUAUCCACAGUCUCAGGGCGGGAAUUAAUUAUUUGCCAAGUAAAAUAAGUGUGGAGGUAUUUGUCAUAGAGACGCAUAAAUAACUUUCACAGCAAUAAUAAACCACUCCAUCUUACCAUCUGUUUACCAGAGUGGGACAUGUGAGGACGAAUUGAGCCCCUUGGUCAGCAGGUCCUUUCUAAAAUACAGAGGACAAAGGUUUUUGGUGGGGAGGCAUAUUAAAGGAUUUUGUCAAUAUCCUCCAUGCUAAUAUUUUUGAAAACUAAUAUCAAAACUGAUUCCAAUCGAAGUACAUCAUUAGCUAGCGAAGCCCGACUCCUCUGCCAUGCUGAGAAGUGGGUUUCCAAAAGCAAUGCAUUCAAUGUUUUUCUUGUCAAGCUCUUUUAUCUUACCUGAGUGGGCCCUGCUAUAUUCCCAAGCUCUGUCAAAUGAAUAAAUAGAGGCUGCUGACAGAUUUUGGCUAGAACCAGUGCUUACUUUUCAGAAACGCUUAGUUUUUUUCGGGUUGAUGGUUCUUUAAGAUUCUUCCAGACAGCUGACAGAUUGAAGCUAGUUGUUGGUGUGGAUAAGCGGUCAUUUCAUGAGCAUAAUUAAGUCAUCUCAUCAGCUAUAAAUAUCAGCAGAAAUUUUCCUAACCUGCUGGUAAUGAUGAUUAACCUGCCCAAGAAUGACUAAUUUUUAUAACUUCCAAAAGCAAACAAAGCACAAGUAAGAAGAUUUUUGUUUCUAUUAAGGAAUUUUCAAUACCUGAACUGGUUUUGGUCAGCUAGGUCUUCAAAGAACGGAUUGGCAUAUUGCUGCCAAACAGCUUUUAGCUGACACAAAUUUUGAGUUGACUCUUAAUUGACAGCAAAUCGAGAUUUCAUGGUUUCAUGGUUUCUGCUUUUCUUUGCUGCUUUGUUAGAUUAAAAUGAAAUAGGACAGGGUCUUUUAUGACCUUGAUGUUGGGUCUUUGUUAAAAUGAAACACAGAUUUUGAUCUUUUUGUAAAGUGUGUUGAGAUAACAUUAGUUAUAAAUGGGCACUAUAUGAUUUAAGUUUGGUAUGCUGAUAUUUUCAGGAAAGACCUUUUUAUCUAAAAGGGUCGCCAUGAUCGUCACACCCAAAGUUCCUCACAGGAGCAACAGUGUUUAUGAUUUGAGAGCAGUAAAAACUGUUGUGGGAUUUGAUAGAAGUGGAAGAAGCUCUGCAGCCAAAAGCAGAAAAACCCCACAACUACUGUCACUGGUUUUUAUGUUGCCUCAACCUUUUUGUUGCCACAUUUAUCUAAUCCAACUGAACAAGGAGCACGGACAGAUCCUCAACUGCAGGAAAUUUCUCAACUUAGAUUAACAGAAAUUUUCCAGCUCAGGAUGGAAAUAGUUUAUGUAGCACAUUAGUCAGAAGACAAUGAUUUACUAAGGAGGUUUUUAAGGCCUGUAAAGGUAAAAUAAUGAGUGAAAAACGGUCGUGUUCACUGAUUCCUUUCCUCCCAAAAACACUUGGUUUGUAACUCCAGGGGGCAGACCUCCGUGGUUUAAGUUCCUCCCUCUGAGGGUGGAAAUAAACAAACCCUUGGUCUGAUUUCAAGUCAUUUAUUGAUACUCUAACUUUAACUAAAUUUGUGUUGAAUGUUUGUAUGUCCUCUGCCCUGCUGUUGUUGUUUUGUUCUUGUCAUUAUUUUAUUUGUUUUAUCUGAGUAUGUAAACUGUUAAUCUUGUAACAAGACUGAUCUGCAAGCUUGUGUUUCUGUCUGUUCCCACUUUUACUCAGAAGGAGCUCAGUUCCACGUUAUUCAACUUAAGUCAGUCACAGUUGCCAGCCUUGUAUAGGGCAGAUACAAUAUUAUAACUCACACAGGUGUUAGAUACACAGGGUUAGGGUGAGUCUACAGAUACACAACCCUAACCCUAACCCUACCUCACAGUUUUCUGUGUAUUAUCUUGAACAGUACACAUAUGCAUUGACGACUGGGCUGGUUGCGUAGCCCUUCAGCAGAUCCUUGUGUCAAAUUAUGUUGUUUUGCUUUGUUAUUGAAAUCAGGAUCAUGUUGGUCACUUGUUGACCACACCUGUUUGAAAUCAAGAGCAGACAUAAAGGAUCCAUAAUAGUUUGAAUAUGCAGAUUGAUCGAGCAAUGCCAGGUCAGUAUACUAUGUUGCAAUGUAAUUUUGCAGACCCUUUUGUCCAAAGCCAUGGACUGAACUAAAUAAUGAAACCAUCACAUUUUCUGAACAGACAUGGGCUGUGGCGACCAGAAAUAUGAAAUAGUCUGUCUUUUUCCACAGCAUCCAUUUUCUUCACUCAUGUAAUGCAUAUUGCACUGUACAUGAGUCAACAGCAUUGCAGCCUCUUGUGACUGUCUAUCUGACUAUAUAGAGUAUGUAUCUUCAAAGAAAUGUAGGGCCCGCUUACCAAGGGAAAUAAUCCCAUCAAAUUGGGAUGAGGGGAGCAGCUCUUGAGACUAGACUGCAAUAUCACUUCUUUCUAAGAGCAAAAGGUUUUUAUUAAUGAAAAACAACAAAAAGAAAUGCUGCUGUUGGAUGUUAUACAUACUGAGAUGAUAGACUGCUCUUGGGAAAUGCAACCAGCUGUCUUUUCACAAAGUACUUUCAGCCUCAAAUAACAGAAAUAUCAGUAUAAACCAUCACUCAGCACGUGAAGCAUUCAAACAAUUAUUUUGUAACCCUGAGCUGCUGUAUUUAGCCAGACUCAAGUUUUUAUUGAAUAGAAUAGAAUUGAUUUAUGAAAACAUAUCAUCUUGCUCACUCUGCAGAUAUCACAUCAAACUAUGACCCUAAAAAUUGGCAGGAUGGUUACUGAAGUUAAAAAUCUAUGCCAAAUCAGCUCUUGUUCAAGUAGGUCCUAACACUCCUGUCGAAUUAUAUACCUUGAAGAUGCUAUUAUUGGAUUUUGGCCUGGGUUUCUUUUAUAACUUGGAUUUAAACUGGAAGAAAAGUCAUGUUUUAUGUAAUACCUCCUUAAUACAAGAUUAAGAAGUAUUUUCCAGGUUACUUCCUUACUCCUGGGUGUUGAGGUCAUAGUGCAAAGAUUGUGAUUAGAUCAGUAUUAGUGGUUUGAAUUUUGGCAUCAUUCAUUUUACAAGUUGCCAAACAAAAUUCACACACACAGAUACACACACCCCUGCGGUCACUCAAAGAGAAUAGGUUUCCCUCAAACAGCUCAGGUCACAAAAUUGGUAUGUAUGUGUUAACCCCACUGAGCAAUAGAUGCCAAUUAGACAUUUUGUUGUUUUUUUUUAGACCUAAUUUCAACCAUCUAGAUUCUGUUUAUUUUUAGAUGGAAUUUAGACGUUGCACUUGAACCCAUUAUUCGAUAACUAUUUAUUUCAAAAAACAACUGUGAGUUGCGUAACUGAUCUCUAAGUACUUAACCAAAAUAAUCACGAUAGCCAUUGAACAAUAUACAGUGUAGUAUAGAUAUAGCCCAGAUUUAGACUUGGUCCAAACUUGGUCUAAAUUUAGACGUCUAAAAACUUACAUUUUUAGACCUGUGCUAGCCUGAUUUUAGACCAGUCAUCUAGGCUACAUUAAGACGUCUAUUAGACCUCUUUAUAGACUAAAAAAUGCUCAGUGGGACUUUCUCACCACCAUAUAUUUUAAUAAACUGUGGUUGAUUUCUGGAUUAUUGCAUUAGUCUUUUUCUGCUGUUGAGUAUAACCAUGGUUUAGUUUUUAUUCCGUUAUUGUCCAUGCCUCUAAAUUCCUGCAUCACCUUCCCUCCUCUUGUAUAACCCCUGGUAUCCACCUCUCUUUUUGCACCCAAUCCCCCUAUGGUUUCCCCUCCCUACUCACCUUUUUUUUCCUGACUUCCUUUGACGUUUGAAGGAGAGUGGGGAUCCGCUCAGCUGACAAAGGGAGAGGCGAUGACGUCACAGCAGACAUGAUACACCAGCAUCUGCUCUGGUCUAAAAAUACACACCACAGGGCACACACUCAGUCUGCAGCUGCACUCAGCAUUUGUUUCCACCUCCACGCUUUACUGAGAUGGCCCAGCUUUUUACACAACUAGGGCUUUUGGGAAAUGCUGGGUUACUUUGUGCUGGCCCACAGCUGAGAAUCCUACAUGUGUUAUCUUGGGUCAAAGUUUCUGGGUGAAUGAAGGGGGUCAGGUUGAGGUUGAAGAAUAUGAGUAUAGGGGCAUGCAGGCGUGGUUUUUUGUGUGAGCAUUGUUUCAUUUAUCAAUUCAUUUUUUCUAGCAUAUCAUGAUUUUAUUUCAUGUUCAAAUAAUCAAACCUUUAAACUUAAUAAAUCAAAGUGAUAUGCCAGAACUUGGUUUCUUGUAAUUUUUUUGCAAAUUAACCCUGUAAUGAUUAGUGGAAAAAAUGGUCUAUUUUCUUUUUUUUUUUUGUCUGGCACAACUUAAAAAAAACAACAAACAAACAAACAAACAAAAAAAAUCAACAACAACAAAAGAAAAACCUGUAUUUUGUUCUAGGUAGCCCUCACGAAUAUUGUUGUAACUUUUUGAAGAUUUACUUCUUUUUUUAAAUUUAAUUACCAAACAAAUUUAUUGAUUUAUUUAUUUUUUCAAGUUAAAAAAAACUGUUGUAGUUUUACCAUCCCAUUAUAGAGCCAGAUAAGAGCUGAUUUUAGCUAACGUAAUGCUCUGUUGUGAAGCUAACUAAGCUUUGAGCUUAGCUGUUAAGUAGCCAAACUUGAAGAAGUUAGCGUCGACUGUUUAAAUUUGAUGAAAAAGAGAUAUAAUAUUCAAAUAAUUUGUUUUGUAUGUUUCGGAAAACAAAUAAAAAAUAAUCCAUGUACAGUGAUAGAUAUUCUGAGUGUAGGACACUUUCCUGUAGUUCUUGGGGACUUUAGCUUGUAAGAGUGGCUCAGAUUGAAGAAAAAUCAGUACAGCUGUAGCUAACACACUCUGCCCUUAGUAACCCCUGACUUUGAGCAAGGCAGCAUAUACCUUCAGCUCUUUGUGUCCUGCAGUGUAGAGGAUGGUGUAAGCGCUCAGUAGCGCUCUGAUGCUGAGUGGGUGUUUGUGUGUAACCCUCUCUGACCCUGCGCUCUCUCCCUGAGGCCAUUUCUGUAAAUAAGAAUGUGUUCUUAGUGAAGUUGCUGGGCUGAAUAAUUAAAGUCCUUUUUAUCUGCACUGCUUUUGUGCUCAUGUAUACACUCUUUCAGCGAAUACAUGUCUGUGUUUUUCUCAUGCUGCUAUCUUUGCUGUUUCUGUUUCUUUUAUGAUGUUAUACUGCGACUUUUAAGUGUAAACUACAAAAAUGGCCACCUGGGAUCAUUUUAACAAAGCUUGGCAGAUAUUUCAUACUUCUUUUUUUAAGCAUCAGAUGUGGUGUCUAACACUUCAUUUCGCCAGAUUAGCAUUAAGUCUAAAUUCAUGUUGUGGGUUAGAUGAUUAUUAUUUUUUGUGUAAACAUGAUUGUUAUUUUAAAGAUAUGUAUUUUCCCUCUUUGUCUUCUCUCUGUGUCUUUGUCUCUGUGUUGCCACUGUUUGCAUGUAAAUAGGGAAGUGGAGCAGGCAGGUCUGUCAGAUUUGGAGAUCAUCUCACAGCCAGUGGAGGAUGAGAACCAGUGCCUGGCUCCUCCAGUCCAGCUGGUGAGUUUUGGCUACAGAGAUCUUCCCCUCACUGCUCUGGACCUCUCCCUGGCCGGAUCACAACUCCUCUCCAACGCCGAUGAAGAUGAAAACAGAGAAGGGUGAGUACAACUGGGAAACUUAUGGAUAAUUUUUCAGUUCUUUUCUUUGACUUUUAGGUAGUCAGUGUUUGUGGCAAGUGUGAGUGACAAAUGUGUGAAAGUGUUGUUUUCAAACUGUUUUUUCUGCAUAAAAGGGAAAGAAAAGAUUUGAUCUGUCAACAGUUUGGCAACCGGGGGUUGUGAGUGACUUGCUGAUAGUACUUCAGUGUAUGGCAGAUGACUUUCAUUGAGUUAUUUGGUAGCUGCAUGAGCAAUUUCCCAUCUUUAUUGUUUAUAUUUAUUGUUUUAAAAAAGUCCAGAUUUCUGUCUCUGUUUUAUGCAGCCUUCUGUCUCUUGAUUCAAAAAAAGGGAAAGGCUGUUCUCCUUCUCUUGAUAUCCACCUUUACUUUACAGAGCUGAUUUGUCAUUAUAGUGCACAUAAACUAAUAUAACCUCUUCAUAAGAGCUGCAAAACUCGCCAAAAAUUAUUAUUAUUAAAAGAAAUAAAGAAGCUGAACUUUUUAAUAGAAAUUCAGUUGAAAAAACAACAAGACCAAUUAUUGAAAUGUGUUUUGAAAUUUUGUUUUGUUACAUUCUUGUAUAAUUUAGUCAUCCUGUUUAUAUUUUAUGUGUCAAUUUUUCUGAACCACCCUAAACAUUCAGCUCAACUCAACUCAACUUUAUUUGUAAAGCACUUUAAAAAAAACCACAGCUGAACAAAGUGCGGUACAUAAAUAGACAAAACAAUGCAGACAUAAAAAACAAUCAAAAAACAAUUAAAACAAUGGAUAAAAUAAAAGCAGAUCUUAAAAAGUGAAGUAUAUAUUCAGACAAUGUGCGUCUUCCAUUUGUGAAAUUCAUCAAGGAAUCCAACAGAGAGAGUAAGAGGUACAAUGUGGUUGACUUUGUCUGUGAACUGAUGUGACAGAGAAACACAGAAAAACAUGUGAAGGCAGGUAACCCCUGAAAUUAGGAGCUACCCUACACAGUCUUUUCUUUAAUCAAUGCCUGCAGUGAUACGUCCCUACUGGACACUGAUAAUGGAGUAUACAUAAAUAAGGAUUUGUCUUCAAUCUGUUUUGAACACAAACAUUUCUUCUGUGUGAUUUUCAAAAUAGUCUCUUUUCUCUCAACACAGUGAUACUUUAACUAAGGCAAUGUUUUUGACCAUAAGUUAAUCCAUUUUGUUGACAAGUCAGCAAACCAAGCAAGUAUGAUUUUAACCUGUUUAAAUCUUGAUUCUACUCUUUUUGCAUUUUUUGUAAACAGAUAAAACCUGUUUGUCUCUUUAGAUCAGUUCACUUCAACUCCUCUUGUCUUCGAGUAUCUCUCGACAUAAUUGGAAACAGUUGCUCACACUUAAAUUUAAUAUCCUUUAUUCUUUUUUAUGCUUGCAAUUCACAAAUAAAUUUUAUAAUAUUGUAAAGCUCUCAGCAGGAUAUUCACUUUCCCUGUCACUAAGACUUCAGCAACUAGAAAAUCAACUUGAGCUUUUAUCUACAAGCAUUACAUAGUUUUAAAGGAAACAAUGGAAUUUCAUGAAAAACACAAACACACACACACACACACACACACACACACACACACACACACACACACACACACACACACACACACAAACAAGCACACUCACAAGCUUUCUUGUCACACUUACAUAAAUUCCAAAUAGUACCCGCGAUUAUCAUCCAUCAUGUGUUAAGUCUCCUUCCCCAAGUCCUUGUCAUGAUGUCCCUGUAGCUCAGUAUGGCGUCCAUUUAUCAUUAAGUGACAACCUCUGGGUUAUCCAGCGUCCAUAAGUUAACUCCGAUCAAUUCAUCAUUCCUGACUAAAUACCUCCCAACACCCACUACUCCCAUCCCCCCAUCCAACAGUAUUGGAGCCUGUAUUGUAAAUGGUGUUAAGCAAUGCAUGAGGGAAAGACCGAUAACAUGGUGCCUUUAUUUCUUGUAAAUCUUAUGUUUUGUUGAGCUCCACAUGCUGUCAAUUUAGACAAUAAUAUUGGAUCUAGCAUGCAUUAGGAAAGCUGGCUGCUUUAUGUGGUGUUGCGACACAUCCAGGUUCAGUUGUCUUUAAAUUGAAGGCUUUUAAAAUUAGCAAUAUGUUGCAAACUUUUUGCUUUUUUAAUCCUCAAUUUCUUUCAAACUUUUAUGGAAACAAAGUACAAAGUUACUCUGUUUCAGCGAUCACUGUACGAAAACAUUCAUGAUAGAAAUAGAAAUAACAGAAGUAGAAAUACAGCUAACAAAUAAAGAUUUAAUUUGCACAUUCAUGAAAUGGUUACAGCCUUUUCUGCUUGUUGCAGUAGAUCCAUGUUCUUUAACUUUAAGUAUAGGAAAGAAAAUUCAAUAUCAUAGCACCAGGUUUCUCUGGCUAUGUUGUGGACAUCUAAUCUGAAGGAUUUCAGCCCUAGAAUAUGAGUACGUGGUCUGCCACACAGUGAGUACAUCCUCUCCAGUAUUGCGGUUGUGCACCGCACCGGGCUGUCUGGGUUUUUGUUUCAAGCUCUUGAAAAAAACUGACACAGUUUUUCAUGAGAAAACCCUCCACUAUUGUGAGGCUGUAGCAGUGAUUUGCAUAUUGAUUAUAUUUGUCCAUUCCUCAGGGGCAAUGACAGCCCUUAAUUUUUUUUUUCCAUUUUGACCCUACUUGACAGAUUUCCUACUUCUACAUCUGUUUUCAAUGCAGCAAGCACACAGAAAACAAAUCCCAUAAACUUUUUAUCCUUAGAGUAUUGAGAAAGCCCUAUGAUUUACAGCGAUAGAAAUUAAAUACACAGAUCAUAAAUAUAAAAGUAAGUUAAUAAUUUACGACCUGCUGAUCAUUUUGCUUGUUUUUCAGCAUUUACACGACAUAUGGAUAUGAGGUCACAUCACAGCUGUCCUUUUGAUUAGUCACAACAUUAACAGAUUUUUCUCCUGUGUAAAAACCUGCCCAUGGUCCAGUUUUUCCAUUUUAUCCAACCACUGUGACUCAAACCUGGCUCUUUGCACAAGCUCUCACCAGGAUGCACACAAACACCAUAAGCUGUGGUGCAGGAUCCAACAUUUCACAUACACAUACAGACCAAAACCAUGCACCCUUCCUCAUCCAAGCACUCAAUUUGACACCAUAUCAGGUCUCAGUCCAUUGGUUCCCUGCAGUUAGCCAGUGACGGCCAGAGACAGAUGGAUUUCACAGUCAACGGUGGGCGGUGCCGACACUCACACUGUGCCUGUACCACAACCAAAACAAUCCUCAUGUGUUUAAUUUCAACUCGGUGUCUGUUAAAGCAUCUAUUUUCGUCUUUACUGGAUGGAUGAGUGUUUACUGUGAUUGUGCCAUUUUUCAGUUAGAUAAAAUACGCAUGCAGCAAUUUCUGUUGUAGCUCAACUUGUGAAAUACCUGUAAGGUCCAGCCAACAACUGGGUCACAGGCCUGCUGUAGUUGUUGAGUAAUCAAUAAAUGAAACUACCAAUAUGUUUAAAUGAGCUUUGCUCCAAAGGCGAGAUUCUAAAUUUCCCCUCCAGGUCCUGAACCCCUGCUGUUAGAGGCUCCUACAACCGAUUUACAAGUCACUGUGGUGGAGAUUAUUUUACCAGUGAGCUCAAUUUAGUCAAACUGUGCUGGGGUCACUAUUUCAUAUUCAAGUCAUUAGUGCAAAGUGUCUGCCUGUAAAAAUGCUGCCAAUGGGAGUUGUAAAAGACAUCAUUCUUUCUUUCCCUUUAAUGAAAUUCCAUUUAAAUCCACCAGGCAUGAGCUCCAGUAAUGUGCGUGUUACAUCUCCACUAUACCUAAACGCUGUGCUAAUACCUCCUAUUAAUCACAAUUAGGAGGUCUCGCGUCCAUCCUGACAUUGGCGGUUUCCUUAGGAUGCUCCUGUAUAUCACUAUUGGUGUAAUAGAGGUGAAAUAUCAUGAAUGCCUGUAGUUUAUGGCUUCAGUAUCUCAUUAGAUAUUUAUGCAAACACAGAGUAGAGAAGUGAGAAUCAGCACUGGGAAAGAAGAGCUGAGACCAUGCAAAGAAGAGAGGCCUCCUCUGACAUUAAGACCACGUCACCAGAAUCAGUGAGAUGCAGCGGGGGGGACGUCUCGGUGAAUGUGUCAGUCAGCCAGCUGCCGCACCCCACAGGAUGCUUUUCUAUUCUAUUCUGUGGAUUUCAGCACUGCUGGGGCCUUUGGGUGAUUAUGCCUGUGCUGCCUUCGUCUCCUCAUUACCGUAUCGAUCUCCCUCUUAAACAGACAGCGGUCAUUAGCCUCCUUUAAUGACAUUCACAAUCACCACGCCCAUGCACCAUCAUCAGGUUUUACGGCCGUGUCUUGUAGCGGUUGGCGGCCUUCUUAACUCAGCUCUUGGCCAUCAGCUACCUGUGAGUUGACUUUGUUAGGUCAUAACACUUUGUAAGCACCAUCUGGCCCGUAUCUGUAUUUGCUUUCUGGAUGCAAAAAGAAGAAAAGUGGGAGUGCAUUUACCAGGGAAACUGACUGCUACACUCACCUUUAGGGAAAUGGGCGGAGGAAAUGAACCUUUUUAUGAGUGUGUGGAAUGAUGAAGUGAAGUUGAGAGAAGGCAAGACAGCAGAAGUGGGACAGCCAUCAAAAUGAAAAUGUAUGUGGGAGAGGAAUCUGUUGGCUGCUCCACUGACUCUACCUGAGAAAGUGGAUUCCCCCCCCUCGCCAUGACUCCCAGUCUGCAUUAGCUGGCUCAUUGGCUUUCUGAGACAGUAAAGGAGCGUCACGCAGGAAGCUACACAUGGGAAAUGUUUAGGCAUGCUCGACAGCGAUGUUUGGCAAAAUGAGAGCGUGUGAUGCUGAAAGUGAGAAUGUCACAACCACAGUGGAGGUGUUUCAUCAACAUGGCGCUGGCUCAUUGGGUGAGAGGUGGAGGCUAUUUUCACUGGGGAGUUUGGGAAUGUUUCACUGUCAGCAAAAUUCUCAUCUAUUAGCUCCAGACAGAAAAUGGGUGUGAAUGAAAAAUAUACAAACUGAACAGAUUGAUUUUUGUUGUGAAAAGUUGACUUAAAACUGAAUCUAAUGGGUCUGUCUGUUUCAGACGUACAUUGUGUAGAAGUUAGAGGCAUUUUUCCAAUGAAAUAGAAUGUAUUAUGCAGAAGUAUGUUUAAAUCAGUUUAUGUUGAAUUGUCUAUCGUAAUUGUUUCAUUUUUGACGACUUAGAAAAAGUCUUUUAUAUUAUAGAAGCAGCGGGUCCUCGCUCCAGAGACUGCCAUGUCACACCACCAAGUUUUCUACCGUAGCUCAGAAUACUCAAACUAGCAGGGACCAAAUGCAUUUUGUUAAUUACUGCGUGACAGAAAGGACAGGGAGAACCGUUGUUAUGAGCAAAUAAAUUUAUAUUCAUAGAGGUUUUUGAUCAUUAAAACCUGACUAUGAAUCAUCACAUGAAUGUGAAUUUAAGUGAAUCAGCAUUUUAGUCCAAACAUGAAAAAGUAAAACAAAUUGACACAGAUGACAGUGUAAAACAAGAGUUAACAUGGGUGUAACCUUAAAUAGAUGGAAAAUUUAUGUUUAAAAAUGUCCAUUUUCUGCUGGACAAGUAAGAGAGUGUUUAUUUACUCAAAGUUACAUUAAUUUACAGAAAAAUGAAGCGUAAAUCAUCUCAGUUCUGCUUUCAGAGAUGACUAUGAUGCCAUGUUGUGCCAGUAACUCGCCAUUCAUUUAUCUUUUCUCUAGCAACACGGCUCAUCAUCCUUUAAUUAACUACAAUAUUUAGAGUUGGCCAAUUAUUCGUCACAUAAUGUUGUUCUGAAGAGGUUUGCCACACAUCUCAGCUUUUGCACAGCCCUUUCAGAGUCUUGAUACUUUUGACAAUGAGGUGCUUAGGUGACAAAAGUGCAAUUUAACAAAAUGCUCCACAUUUCUCAUUAUAGUACAGAAAGCUGCUCACCAUAAACUAAAACUACGACUUAACCACCAUUUAAUUCCCAAUACAUGAUGACUUUAUUCCAGAUAUAUAUAACUUUGAGACAACUUUACUUUCUGUAACAAUAUUACUUUAAUAUCACAACAUUUUAGACCAUUUCAACUCGACCAUUCCAUUGAAGUUAGGUGCUGUUCUGAGCAUUAUUUGUGGCUAUAGAGUGGCUUUUUGGUUGAGGUUGUGUGUGGCUCCUGAGACCGCUGUGUAUAUCGUGCGGUCACUGGUCGUUGCUGAAGUUGGUAUAUCUAGAGAAGCAAGCAGUCGGCAACAUUCAUCUCUCGAGGAGGUGUCUGACUCGUCCACUUUUUUUCUGUGCAGCUCCACUUUUAAAAGUUGUUAAGGGUUCAUGUUUUCUAUGAUUGACACUUGAUACAGCCUAUGGGCGUACGAAGAUUGUGUAGAUCAUCCGAUAUGCUGUUUGAGCAGAGCGUCAUCACAGUCUACGCUAAAUGCGUAGAACGCUACUGUGCAAGUGGUGGUUCCAGGAGGUGGAGAAAAUCCUGAAAAUCAUGAGAGCAUUUUGGCUUCAAAUUCAUAAUGGAGAUCCAAGUUGUCUAUUGUAUACACAGUCUAUGGUUAAAAUGUAAAUACCCCCCCAACACACACACACACACACACACUGGUUUAGUGUUACAGAUUAGAUACUAAAUGAACAGAGCUUAGUGAGUUAUGGUUUGCGUGUACUCUAAGGCUGUGUUGUGUUCAUGGCAGGAAGUUAGCAGAGGGGAUUAAUCAAGAGAAAAGGCUCCUGUGUCAAACUGCCACCAUUUGAUGAAGCACCUACUGUCAGCCAUGUUUGCAUAUCACAGCCCAUGGCAUCGUGAAGGUGGAGCUGACCUUACUGCUAUCUCCCGCACACUGUGCUGCCCUCACUUCUCAUGAUGGGGAGGCAGUCACUUCUACACAACCCCUCCUUGAUCGUUCACAUAUAUACUGUACACACAAACACACACAAAUAUAUUUGUGCAUGCAUGAUGAACUGGAACGCAGCACGUAUUUAUACACUGAAAGAGAACAAGGCCAGGCCUAAAAAGCUUCCUCACUGCACUGGUUGUUAAUCUAAUCCUCUGUAAUCAUGGUUCACUUCAUAUUCCAGUUUAUACUGGGCUGUCACAUCCCAUUAGGAACAAUAGCAUCCCUUCAUUGAUGCUUCUGCACAUUUAGAUGGGCUUUUCCUUCUCUCUAUUUCACCACCGUUCUGCAUAUUUCUGUAUUUCUCCAGCUUUUUUCUUGUUUUUUUUUCUUUUUUCUUCCAUUUUUACACUUUCCACACUUGAGCUCUCAUCAUUUUUAUGCCUUUUUAAUCUCUCAAAAAGUAUGCCUUUCCAUACUGAAAACCAACCUGCUCUGUAUCCUAGAUAUAAGUUGUGUUUUGUCAAUGUACAUCACAUAUGUCGACACAUUAGACUGACUAAAACUACCAGAAGCAUCUUCACAAACCUUUUGGACCCUCCAGGUUAUAGUUCUGCAGUAAGGGUGAAGAGAGCAGUGUUGGAGAUUUCCAGCACCCGUUUGUUGCGUUGUUGCCUAACACCGUGUUGCUAUCAGGAGAGACGUGGGCGACAUUGUGGGAGGUGGUUGUUCUAGCUAGCAUCAGGGGGCAGCUGCAGUGUUAGCAGUUUUGGCGUCAUGGUAAGUGGAGUGUGGUUAUUAAUAGCGUUGGGCCCAUCCAUCUUCCUGUCUAGGAAAAAUGCUGGGAGGACCAAGGUGGCGUGGGCUUGUGUUCAGCACUUUUAUGGCAGCCCACUCUCCUCCUAGUCAUCAAGCUGCUUUUGUUUGUUUGCACACUUUUUUUUUAGGUAGAAGGAUUUUUUUGGGUGCAUCUUAGCCUGUGUUUGUGUAGGAUGAUGCUGGUGAGAAAAUGGGUGUUUUACAGAAAGUCAAAAGGGAGAUUAAGAGGUCCUGAACUUGCUUGCACUGAUUGUUUUAACUGUUCAUUGUUAAUUGACAAUUUUGUUUUUCCCAUAAAUGAUCAAACUUCUGGAUGAAGUUUGUUGGUAAUGAAAACGUCUCUCAGCAGAAUUUAAUAAAAAAAAUGAGAGUUUUUGAUACAGCAGGCAAUGAUAACCAAAGCCAUGUUGAUGGCUAAGUACAACAGGUAAUCAUACCUGUGACUGUGACUAUAAUUUGCAAUACUUUUAAUCACUUGAACUCUGUUUACGUGAUAAAUACACCACUGAAUUAGAUGUAUAUUUCAAUUUCAAUUUCAAGCCACAAUUACAAAAGUUGGAGCACUGUACAUUUUUCACAAUAACUAGUUUGCAAGUCUUUUAAACCCCGAGUGCAAGUGCAAAAACAUCAACAUAAAGGCUUUUAAAAUUGAAAAUGCUUCUCUGUUUUUGUUUUGAAAAAUUUAUAUGCUGAUCUUAAAUUAGAUGCUGGCAACAUGGUUCAAAAAGUUUAAAACAGUUUUGUCAUGCUACAGUAAAAGACUCUAAAACAACAGCCUCCAACUAGUUAUGAUGAUCAUCUGUAACAUUAGAGGAAAAAUAGACAAGAACGUGGAGUGGAAGUGACUGCAUGAGCUUUCUAAUUCCUGAAAACCUCUGUCUGUGAACACUGUUAGUUGCUGCUCAAAUGUCGUUUAAAACUGUACAAUACAAAGAGAAAACCAUUGACUUUAAAUCACCUCCACUUUCUCUGGAAUUGAACCAUUUUAAGAUGAACUGGGGUGAAGUGGUCUGAGGAAUCAAAUUUGACAUUCUUUGUGGAAAUCAUGGACAUGGUGUCUUCUGUUCUGAGGGGGUGGGACCACCUAACUUGAUUAUCUAUCAGCACACAUUUGUAAAUUGUUAAGCAGCUGAAAGUUUUAAUCAGGCAAGAAUGAAAAAAGAUUUUGCAAACUACAAAAACUGUUCUCCUUGGUUCCCAAAACAUUUAUUGAGUACUUUUUAAUGAAUGGGGGAAAACAUUUUAAACAUGUCAACUUUUUGUAAAGUGUUGUUGCCAUCAAACUUUAAAAGAGCAUAUAUUUUUUUAUUGAUACAAAUUUUCAGUGAACAACAUUUGAAAAGUUACCUUAGCACUAUGAUUGAUAAUAUAGAGACUAUAAUGAUAAGCAAACCAUCAAAACCUACAGCAUCCCAACUGUCUUUUGGAGUUGGGGUUGAGUUAGCUAAAUGCAGUGACGGGGAAAUGCAACACACCUUGUUGAUGUAAAAGCACUUUUUUUUUUUAGGAAGACAAUUCACAAAUCACUGCAAUCUUGAUCAGUAUUAAUGACAACUAGUAUACAAAGUAUAGGAAAGGUCAGGGUCUAGUACAUGAUUCUGCUAAUAUGUCAAGGGAUAAAGGAAAUUAUUGUUGUCUGAGAACAAGCGUUAACACCUGAAUAUAAGCAUGUAGUGCCGAAAGAUCUUAAGAUUUGAAUGGCGGGCUGGAUUGACCCCCCUUCUCCAUCCCCUGACUGCCAUGACAGGCUCACACCUGAGCAGUGCAGUGAUGUCACCUCCCAUCCCAGUGAUGGCUGUGUGGCUGCCAGACACGGAGACAGAAGCAUAUGUUGCUGAUAUGGCUGUUCCAAAUGUGCAAGGAGUCCAGGGUUAGAAACCAGCACCAGAUGGUUCAUCUAAAUUUGUAGAGAGCGAAGAGGGGAAAAGAGGAAAAAACAAAUGCCACCUACUGGCUCUGAGCCAAGGAUCCAAAUGUAUCAUUUUGGAAAAAAAAAAAUCGAACUGGCUCUAUUGCAAUUUUAUCAAAGUGUAUCAUACACCUCACAUUUUUGACAUUUGAACUUUAUUUUAACAACAAAAAGGCUGGGGGAUCAUUCUUUCUUUUAAUGGCUUAAAGUGCUUUCACUUGGCUGAGAAUCUAAAGAUUUGAAGUCAUUUUAUUUACGCUAAUUGCAUUAAUACUUCCAGUGUUUGAGUCUUACUGCCAACAAAAUGUAUUGAAUGAAAAUGAAUGAAUAAACCACAUGUUAAAGGGACAUAAAUUAAUCCUUUAAAGCAUUUAGGAGCUAGUUUUGAUCCAUGAAGAAAGUAUUUUUUGCAACUGUUCAGUGUGUGCCCAUUUUUACCACUCACAACUUGCAACUUUGUUAGAAGGGAGAGAGAAAAAGUCAAAUGUUAAACUUUUUUGAAAUAAUGCAUUCUCUGAAGGCUCUCACCUGGUCGAGCCAAUUUGGCCAGAUUUAAUUAGAGAGCACAGGAAGUAGUCUGAGACAGCGACCAGGGAGAAACCAGCCUCCCUGUUAUCUCCCCGGCUCCUUAAUUCCUCUGCCACAGGGAAAAGCUCAAUGUUCAUCAUCUGUCAAAUAGUUCUCUGUCUGUUUUGAGGACAAAUUGACAUGGGGAAACUUUUAUUUUUCAUAAAGAUUUUUAAAAAUAUCAAGUAAAAUCUUAAAUGUUGAUGAUUCAAUCCAUGUUAAAUGAUGUAAUUCACUCACACAGUUAAAAUAACAAAAUGCUACUGGGACACUAACAGUGUGUGUCCUCAUGUAGUAAGAUUAUCUAUUUUGUACUGUUGUCUGUCUGUAAAGCCUUCUUCUUUUUUUUUUACAUCAUUUUUAUUACUUUGAUUACAACAAGCUUUACAGUGACUAUUUUCCCUGAGUAAAUAUACCCACCCAACAUGUAUGUAUCUCAAUCCAUGUCCUCUCCAUGAUUUAGAGCAGUUUGUAUUCACAGGCACCAGAAAUGACUGGUUGCUUUUCUGUCUGAGAGAGGAGAGGGACUGAGUGUGGAAGCAAAGAAUAUCAGCACUGACGGCACAGAUAUAAUUACAUCUGUUAAUCUAUAUUUAGAAGUAUUAUCUCUGUGUUAGGAUAACAUUUAAAACAUGGUUAAAUAUUAAAAGUGCACAUGAACACCUCUAAAACUAAAAUGUAAAUUUUGCACUUCAAUUAGUGGUUUGUGCAUUAAAGCUGCUGCUCAGGAAGAUGCCUUGCGGUUGAGUAUAUCUUGAUUUCAACUUGUGUCUGGUUAUUUUAUCCUAGCAAAUAGCAUUUGUAUCUGCAAAGGCAAUACAGAUAUCCUUAUCUGGGAGUAUUUGCUUCAAAGAUCAAUGCACCUGCACUGUCCGAACAGUCUCUCUCCUCCAUGAGGUCAAUGUACAGCUUCUUAAACACGCUCCACUUUUUUUUCAGAUCAGCUCACUCUGUUACAUCAGCUGAGCUCUUUAACUUCCUGCAGUCUAUACUGAGAGUACACUGACGCAGUCCAAAUGGCUUCACACAUAUGAAUGCACAUGUGUACAUGUCUGGAAUACAAAAUGCACUCAUGCAGGCUCACACACGCGCACACACACACACACGAGAGCAUACACAGUGACCUUCUUGUCCCCUUGUAACAUACAGACGAGUCUUUCCCCAGUGUUCCCACAGGACUGAGAGAAAGCUGAACACCAGUUGCCCUUGUUCAGAUUGUAUGUAUCAGGAAAUUCUCACAGUGAACUUAACUUUACAUGUACAGGAUUGAUAGCAUGCAGACUGUGUUUUAAAGCCUGUCGCUGGCCGCCUUUGUUCAAAAAGGACAAUGAUCAAAUCAUGUUUGACUACCAUUUGACCUGUUCUUCAGAAGUCUUUCAAGCUUCAGCCAUUUCAGUGCUAACCUCCUAUGGAGCAAGUUAGGUGUUCAGUGUAAGUUACCAUGGUGAUCUACCUCAGUACAAAGUGACCCAUCUUUGUAGUGCUGAAAACCUAGAGUUAAACCCAGAGUUAUCUCAUAAACCAUAAAUCAUUCACAGUGUAUCCCUCUGGACUAACAUAAACAACCAAAUCAACGACACAGCAAAGAUAGACAAAAAGACAACAAUAAAGACAAAUACAGCAAUAAAAGGGAGAACAAUGUGAAAGAAACGUGAAUUUUAAUAAGAUCAAAGGCAGCAAAAAGGCAACAAAAGUUCCAACAAUAACAAAUACAGCUACAACAAUAACAAAGACAGCUACAAAAACAGUGACAACUACAACUAACAAAGUCACAGACUAAAACAACAAAAACAACAGUAAAAAUAACAACUACAAUUAUAACAGUAACAACAAGAGCAAAAAUAUCGUCAAUAACAACAAAAACAACAGUAAAAGUUGACAACAUUAACAAGUUUUCUGAACAAUAACGAUAACUGACAAGAACAAAGGAGUAAACCAUGACAACUUUAACAACAACAACAAAGAUGACAUCAAAAUUACAACAAUAAAACCCCUCAAAAAUGGCACAACAAUGUAACAACAUUAGUAACAGCCAUAACAGCACAGAGGACAAUCAUAACAGAUCACAGCAAUGAAAAUAAUAAUAAAGAUGAGAAAACAUCAUAAACAAUGACAAGGACAACAUAAAAAACAACACCAUCCACAAUAAUGACAACAAUGAAAAAUACAAAAACAAUAAAAAUAAAAAAAAUCUGCUUUAUAUAUUUGUUGAAAUUCAAAGUUAAAGUUAACAGAAAAUGACAAUCCUAGGCAUCAGUCAGGACCUGGUUGUUUUACAUUUUGACUUUAGGAUCAGUCACUUCCUCCUCUGGUAAUGUUGUCACUGGAGUUUGGGGCUCACCUCUUCCCUACUGAUGUGUUGUGAUCAAUGGUGCACAGACAUUGGUAAUGGGGAACCUUUCAAAUGUAAAAUUAAUUACCUGCAAUCUGACAGCAUCAGGGAAACUCAGCAUGUAUUUUAUGCUUAGUUGGUACUCCAUCCUUUUCCACGCUUGCUUUAGCAGCAGGCAUUGUGUGUAUGUGUGUUUGUGAGUGUGUUAUUUGGUUGUUGAAAUAGGGAGCCUGCUGGAGACUCGGUUCUUUCUGGGGGGUUUAGAUAUGGCAAAUCUGGCCUCUAAUUUUUGUCAUGUGAGACUGAAUUUACCAACAGGAGAUCGAUUAAUCUUAAAAAUCUAAACCCAGGAUUAGUCAUUUACUGUGGAGGGAGAAUCUCUAAAACUCCUUUGCUGUGGUUCCUGCUUGUUUGAUGGUUUAAAAAUGACUGUGUGUGAAAAAUUAAAUAGAUUUAAUGAUCAAAUUUACAGGUUUGAGUAACUUUCUGACAUCCAUUAAUCAUAUUUUCCUCUUAAGCUUUAAAAUGACAACUGAACAGGAUACUGAGGGGCAAAAAGGACAGAUUUUUAAAGGAACAAUGUGUGUAACUUUACACCACGUGUCCAUGUUGUUACUGAGAAAACUUUAACAUCUUAAGCUGUCUUUAGUUUGCAAAAAAUAUUUGUUCACUAAAUGGAGAGUGGAUCGAACAUUUUUGAUGCAUUCCAGUUAAGUCUGGAAAUCUAAACACUGAUUAGCUUUUGUGACACAACAUCAAGCAGCAACUUAAACCUGUUGCACUCACAUUGCAGAUAUCUAUUUAUAGUGAUACAUAGCAGUUUUUGUGUUGUUCUCUGUUUGCUUUUAUACUCCAUACACAGUUUUUCAUAAACAGUGCAAACACCAAAGUGUGUUGUCUGAUUACAAACAUAUGACAAAUGGAAAGCAGGACACUGUAGUGUCUAGUGUCUCCCCUCUGUACAGAUUGAACAUUUGUCUAACAUCUGCAAACAGAGAUUCCAAAUGCUUAUAUUUACAAUAAGAAAAAUAAACAUUAAGGCAAAUUAAUAAGGAAAAGAAGAUUAAUGGCAGACUCUAAUUUUUUCCACUUUAAAACAAUUCAGUUGAUUGACUGAAGUACUGUAUAGUUGUUUUGUGUUGUACCACCACCCCGUCCUCGGUGGAGUGCUUUAUCUGAGGAGACCAUCAGGUGCUGUGAGUCUGACAGUCCCAGUGUUUGGUGGCUCUCUUGGCAUGCUGGUAUCGAUUACCUCCCCUGAUUUAAUCUCCUUCCUCUGUUUCCGUGUCCAGCUCCACUCAAUCUCUGCAGCUGUAGAAAGCAGUGAUGGCUACAUCAACCUGCUGUACACAAACUGGCAGCAGGAGGGAUGUAGAGGAAGAGUGAGUGGACAGUAAAACAAUCAGGGGAAAGGAAAAGAGUGCAAGGUUAGAUCUAGAACUGCAGUUUGUCUUUUUGUUCACAUUGUCUUAAACAUUGACCAGAUACACUAAAAAAAAACAAUGUUUUUCCGUUAAUCAGGAAUAAGGUGUGAAAAAUGUAAUUGCAAAGCUUGAGUGGGUUAAAAAACAGGCAGUUUGAGAGGUGACCUUGUCUGCUGUUUGUGCUUGUCCACUAUUGACUUGGGCCAGGUGGUUGUGUCAGGCCGUCAAGGCUGAACAGGUCAGAGAAACAACAUUUGCUACUGUUCUGUUGCUUUAAUAAGACUCAUUAAUAUACUGCAUGUGUCACCAACAGUGUCUGACUGCGUCCCCUCUGGGCUAGGCUAGUUUUGGCAUGACAUGAAGUAAGGACACACACAUUCACUGAACUCAGUCCAUUCCUCCAAUGUAUCAUAGCUGAGCUCUAGCACUGCCUGUGACCUCUCUUCUCUUAUUCAUCUGUCUGUGUGAGAGAGAGACAGACAGAGAGAUGUGCUAGUUUGUGAGAUGGGUUAGCCUUUUAAACAUGUAGUAUGUUACAAAUGAUAGGCAGAUCAUAACUUAUUAAUAACUGCUUUGUCAGAUGAUUUUAAUAUGGUAAACUAUUGUAUUUGACCAUGGCCAAGUUGUUGUCUUUUGAUGAAAUACAACUAAACAAGUCCCAAGUAUGUCUGUGAGAACUUCUCAGAUGAAUUAAAUGGUCAGAUUAGUUCUGUUACUCAAUGUUGCUAGACUUCUUCAGCCAAAAAGUAGAGAAGUCCUCAAUUACAAACAAGCCAUUGAUAUGGCUCCCACUUUUUCAAAAGCCCGUUUUGGUCCCCUGCAGUUUGAGCAGUCUGAAAACAAUGUUACUUAAUGAUAUAGCAAACCGAUACAAGUAAGGCACAAGGAACAAACAACCGCUCAAGCCGAAAACUGGUUUCCCUUGGUUUGGACCACCCACAAGGUCCUUGAUUGGCCGCUUUUUGUGUGUGCUGUCAUUCAUUCCAUGCCAGCCGGACUAGUGUUCUGCAAGUUGCUUGUAAGAGUCAGUCCUUGAACAUCGCUAUUUGCCGAUGUAUGUUUACAGGAGGGUGGCAUUUGUUUUCCCUCUGUAACUUCACAUUCAUCUGAGGUUUCAUUUACAUCCCUGUAUAGUCACCUGUCCCCCCCACCUUUGAAAUCAGAAUUUCCUCCAUGCAUGCACCUCCCUGAUAUAACCAUGAUAAAUUGGUACAUGACUAUAGACCAUUAUUGGCUGGGAGAAGUAACUUUUUGAAGUUAUGUUUAAUGACAACUGACAGAGUUUCCAUGAGUUUCCGGCUUCAAAAAAUACUCUGGCAUGAAACUCUCACCAAACCAGACCCCCUCCCAAUCCCACCUUUUAUCUACACAUAAGUAGCUAGGCUAGCUAUCUCCAGGCUACCUUGCUGGUGGCAGUAUUAAAAGUACAAAUAGUAUUAAAAGUACAGCCAAGGUAGAUGUUUCAGUUUUCAACUAAGUCCCACUAGAGUGAGCAAACAAAUUUCAUGAUGCUAAUACAUGAUGCUUUGCCCCUGUUAAUUUUCCUGACCAAAUUAACUCAAAAUUCAUGCUACAGGUUCCUAACUGCCUUAAAUCCUACUCGUUGUCCUAAUUUGGGAGUCUGGGGAGGAAAUAAAAGAAAAAUCAAUGCAAAGUAGACUUUCCCUGUAAGUAUCAUACGCUGUGGUUUUCAUUGGCUGCAAUGUUUUAUGAUUCUUAGUGCUGUUAAAGCCUGAGGAGGCUGUUUCCAUAUAAAGUUAGUGGAAAGAGUAUUUCACUUUUACCACUUCCCUUUCCUACUCCCACUCAAGGAGUUUUAUUGUUCUGGUGAUUAUUCUUAUUUUUCUGCUUGCCUGCAGCAGUUGAGCGAAGCGUGAAAUCAUUUGAUUCAAGAUGCACUUUGAUGGACUAUCUAAUCACAUGGUGGAAGUUUGCAAAACCAUAACCUCCGGAAAUAGAGGUUGUUUGAGGCAGUGAAAUAUUUGAAUGGUCUAAAUGCAUGGAUAUUUUCUCUUUUUUUUCCUCUCAGUGAGGUGAAGAAAAAGAAGAGAUAUUCCAAAAUGCCUGCAGUCUCAGUUACACAUUGCAUGAACAUGACGCAACAGGGAAAUAGCAUUGUUGGUGUGCCAUUUUUAAAUAUUCCCACAGUGACGGGUACACGGUUUAUUAUGCCCACAUAAUCAGAUUGGAUAAAAAUGGUUUGGCUAAAUGAGACCCUACAUUAUACUCUGCAUGACGGUGUAGCCACAAAGCCAUAAAGGUUGGAGAAGGUUAUUACUGUUGGUUGAAUGGUGCAAAUCUCCAGAGUCUGCAGCAAAAUGAGGUAGUGUGGAGGAUGAAUGAAUAACUACACACCUUCAGUUACUGUCAAGGUGGCCUUCAGCAAGGCAACAAAUCUAAACUGCUCUGGAGGAACCGAUCGAUAGUAGUCAGUUAAUAUUUGAAUGGGAAGCAAUGCAUUACAGCAGAAAGAGAUGCUUCACUCUGUAAACAACAAUGUCAGUUUGUUGUUUAUUGAUCUCAUAAAUACAGACUGGAAGGUUUAAAGACUUCAGGUGAAAUAAGAUGUACAUUAGUGGCAUUUAAACAUUUAAACGUUCAGUGCUUGUUUCUUGAAAGUAUUGUUUAGUCAAUGUUCCCAUUGCCAAAUUUUCUUUGGUUCUUCUUGUGUGGAGCAGCUUGUGUUUGCUUGCUUUUUUUUUCAUCCAAGGGAACAUUUACUUUGGGGUGUGGCGGACAUGCUUGUGACAUGAGCUGCUGCUCUGAACUUCAUAAAGAUGAUAUUCACCAUUUGUGUCCGGACAAGCAGUGGUCUGCUGCUCUUUGCUCAAGUGUCAUUGCUUAAUGCGGCCGUGGUGUCCUUCUACCUUUACAGGCGGUGUCACUACAUGUGAUAAGCUAUAGUGCCAGAGUGUGUUUGUGUGUUUUCUUGAAAUUCUAGCAAGUUUUAAGGCUUAACAAUAAGUAGAGCUCAACGUUGAACUUUCCGUCAUUACUCAUGUUUGAAGAAAAUGUUAGCACAAGAGUGUGCCUGAGGUCUGUCUUUGUAUAAUCAUACAACGGAUCUAUCAUAAAAAACAGCUCAACAUGCUCCUGCUUUCUAGUGCUAUGAUGUAGACAUGUAUGCUGAUUUUCUGUGUGGCACGAUACCUGGCAUCGGUACAGUCUCGCCAAGACUCUGGUGGAGCAGAUUCUACGCCAUCUGGAGCUCGUGCAUUUACACCACCCCACCCAAGCCAAGAAGAUGAUUGCUAUCAGCAUGAUUACGCCUUUAUUAGAUUAGCUUUGCAUUGUUUACAGCAGGCUCUGCCCAUGCAGGCUUUGGAUGAAUACUUUCCAUUUGCCAAUGGACGGGUGGAGUGAUCAACUCAACAGCUGCUGUGAACACUUCCCUUAUUGCUACAAAAAUGUGUAACUCUCAGAGGAAAUUAUAAGGAGAAUUCAGAAACAUAUUCCGCUGUUUAUUAUUCAGUGAUAUCUUGCUAUGGCAGCCACUUUGUGGAUGUAUUUGUGUUUGUAGCCCUCGGCUGUAAAGUAUAUAAAAAAGUGGUAUGAGUGAAUGUAUGCUGAAACUCUAGUAUUGUUUAGUGGUAGUUUUUACUGCUGGUUUGUUGUUAAGUUUGUGUGAAAAGACAUAAUACUUUAUGUUUUUUUUUAUAACCAUGGAGUAAUGCACACAUGAAUGGGAUCCUUUAUGCCAUCUGAGCACAACUUCAUGUGUUGGAAAGGAGGAGGUUACACGACAUAAAAAUCCCUCCUCAGAGAGGUUUUGCAACAGCACAGAUUUACCUACACUCAGUGCUCUGGGUCUGUUUUGUACUCAUAUUCCCCCCAAUUCAUGGGACCUCAGGUAAUGAAUAAUGUUGUCUCUUCCUAGAUUUUCAGGAUUUGCUGUUUUUAUCAAAAUACAAAACAGUUUGUAAUUUACUCAGUUGGUUUUGCAAAGAAACUGUAGUCACUCAGUAAACAUGGAGGUAAAAGCGGGACUUUAGUGAAGGCUCUGUUUUCUUUAGUUCCACAACACAUUCAGUAAAUCACAGACGCCUCGUUUAUAUCACCCAUUCAAGAGCAAUACAUACCAAACCAGUGUCAAGGAUAAAGGGUACUGUCAUCCAGGACUACAGAAAGAGUGACAAUUUAUCUGAACUCCUCCAAAACUGCUGUAUCGUUAUUCCAAAUCUGUUGUAAAGCACAAAUGGGAAAAGAGUCAUUUUAAGAUGAGAUAAGAUAUUCCUGUAUUAGUCCCACAAGAGGAAAUUCUAAAUUUACAGCAGUGAUAAAUACAAAAGAAAGAUUGAAGUCUGAAGAAACUGUGGAGUUAUAAGAUAAAAAAGACAAAAAAAAAAAAGUGAUUUAUUGCACACUGAGAUUUUUGUCGUGGAGUCUAACAGCUGCAGGAAGGAAUGACCUGCGAUACCUCUCUGUAGAGAGGUACACACCUCAGGUAGAGCAUCUUGCCACUGUUGCAGGUCAUUUCAGCUUCAUGCCCAGGAAUGAAGACAUGAUCAGAGGAGAGAAAUGCUCUGCCAACGUCUGUCUCCUUUAUGCCAGUGCAUGGGGAGAAGGGAAAGGUAGUGGGCAGAGCCAACUUUCCACUCCAGCUGGAGAGCUGGUGAGAGGCAUUGUUUCUCUCAUCUCCUACUGUCAGCCCUUGUAGUAGCUGCUCUGCAAGGCUGACCACUAUUUUUAAAAUAGCAUUGAGUCAUCUCGCCAGACACUGUAGUGGCCUAAAAAUGCUGUACUGUUACAGUACCUGGAAAAACUGAGCUUUUAUUUUUUCAGAUCUAAAAAGGUUUACACUUUUCUCUGGAGCAUGUUCUCUGAGUUAAAGGCCUGAUACUUUAUCUGACAGGAGACUGAGAUUUCCUAACGUGUGUAAGUGAUGUUUCAUUCAAAUACUUUAUCUAUAGAUGUACAAAAAUGUCGAGUUUGCUACUUAGAUUUGUCUCUCACAUGUUCACUUGUGUCUUGGGCUGUUUCCUCAAACCCCUGUAGGUCUCUAUCCUCUACAGUGACUCCCUUCAUUACUGUGUAAAAAGGAGUCCGUUAAUAUUCCACUCACACCUACAGCUGAUAGUCAAGUCAAUGGUCCACAGAGCCUCACUGUCCCUCUCUGUCAAUGCUGUCUCUGACCACACUUUGCUCUUUGAACAGACUUAACCUUUCUUGCGUGUAAACUACCUCCCUCUAUUGGUCAUGCCAGGGAGUUCAAGUAACAAAUCAGCACUGCACUGAGACUGGGAAUCAAUGUCAGCAUAGAUUAAUCCAUAAACAAUGUCAAUUGAAACAUGCUGUGCAGAAAUAUAAUUAAUUUUUUGCAUUUCAACUUGUCAGUCAAUCAAUAUUUGCCCCAGUUAUCCUUUGUUAAGCAGCACUAUUAACUUCCAGUCAUUGAAUUUGUAGCUAUCAAAGAUGAAUUACUGUCUCUUUGAAAUGAUGCAGCGCUUUAAUGGAAAUUGCAAAUCACUGGUGUUGGUUCACCGUCCUGUUAUUACAAGAAAAUGAGUUUAUGAUUCUGUUUUAAGAAAUUUAAAAAACAAAAACUAAUGCUGUUAUUUUUUUAUUUUUUUUGGCUCUUCAGGUCCAACUGGCUGAAGCCGUGCUGCGGUCGUCGUGUGGCCCUGUGGCAGGUCUGUCUGCUCAGUGCUGGCUUCAACUGCAUCCUGGUGGCCUGCGUCAUCCUGGUGGUGCUCUUCCUGUCCCUGGAACUGCUCAUCGACACCAAACUCCUACAAUGUAAGUCCAGCGAACAUUUAUUUUUACUAUCUUAUUCUUUAUUUUAUCACAGAGAGGUUUGCUGGGCAUGCUUAUUCCUUUCGGGUCAAAAAUACUGAGUGGUGGUCACUAAACACCUGGGAGGCAUCCUGUGCUCUAAGAAGCAGGUGAAGCACAGGCGCUGGAGGGAUUUCAAUGUUAGAGUGUCUGUUUUUAUUGGGUGACUUUCCAAGCCAAGAUUUCCUUUCAUUCUUAUAUAAUCUUUUUUAGUUGUACACCAACAAUGGUACAUUCUUGGAUACAUAAAAAAGGUGUGAGUUUAAGAUGUUUCCUAAAAGGAUAUUGGGCCAACACUUGAAAGUGAGAAGGUCCUGGUUUCAAAUCUCAACUUCACACUGAACUGUAAAACAGGCAUUGGUUUAGCCCAGCUUACAGAGCAGGCAUCUCAUAUACUGUGACUAUUGUCUUUGUUGUACUGGUUGCAGGAUUGAUUCCUGGUCCCUGUGUGUCAAUUGAUGCAUGUCAUUCCCCAGCUCUUACCCCAUAUUUCCCAGAGCAUGUACAUUAAAGUCUUUAAAGCAAACAAAAGAGGAAAAAAUGUCAUAGGAUCAACGUGUACUGUUGCUACUCAAGACAAGUAACACAAUUAAGUAGAAUUGAAAUGAUAAAAUCAACCUAUUGUAAAAGUGACAGUAAAUUUUGUCCCUCUUUUCAUUGAUGUUAUUCAAUUUAGCUUCCAUCACUGAUGUGUGUGUAGUCCUGGCAGUCUCCGAGGACCUGGUGGUGUUUGUUGGUAAAUGGCUGUGAUGAAGAGUGAUGGAGAGGGUUGAUAAUGAACCGUGGCUCUUGUCAAUAGCAGCAAGCACACGUCCCCAUCGAUUACUGGCCAACAUCCAGCUCCGAUGAUACCUGAGUCUCAGUGUGGGGACUGCAGGACUCCAGUCACUUCACAUCUAUUGUAAUGUAGUGCUUUAGCUGCUGCCAGUCCUCAGAGACAAAUAGAGGAGUGGGCAAUAAGGUUAGAGUGCAGAAAGUGAAUAGCAGCAGACAACAUGGGUGGACACCGGUUGAAUUUGUGCACUCCUCUUAAAAUGCAGAUACAGAAACAGCAAUUCUUUUGUUUUCUGCUUGGUGAAAGUUUCUUUCUCUGUCGACAGUUUCCAAUGCUUUUCAAUUUGCCAGCAUUAUCCACUGGAUCAGCCUUAUCAUCCUUUCACUCUUCUUCUCAGAGGUAAGACAUGGAUAAAGCUCACCAUAAAACUGUUUCAUCUACACCUCCAUUAAAGAUCUUUUCCUCAUAUAGUUCUCAUAAUGUUUUAUUUCUACCUCCCAGCCCUUUUUUUUGGUCACAAGACUACAUCAGGGGAACGAAACUCUAAUAUUCCAACUGACACUUUACAUUUCUUCUCAUUACAUAAUUUAAUUUAAUAAAAGUUCAUCUUAUUUGAUUGUAGAUUAUACCCCAUACUAGAUUGUGUGGUUACCAUAAAAUUCGCUUUCUGUUAACAUCUCGUGUCUCGUGGAGUAACAUCUCACUUAAACAUCUUAAGGUUUGAUGGAAAAUUAAAUGUUGAUCCAGAAUUUUGUAGUUGUGAUUGUAAUUUUUCUAAUUCUCAUUUUAGGUCUAAUUUUUGCUUCAUUUGAUGAAAAAAUAUCUCCUCACCAGUCUAUAAAAAUAAAAUAAAAUAAAAUGGAAAGGGGAGAAUUUGUCCAGCUGGCCUCCACUCUGGUGCAAACCAAUUACCCUGACAGCCUCAUCCCCAACACCCUAAACCCAACAUUAAUUACCAGUGAGCCAGCAGGAGCAAUAAUUAAAGCCCAGCUUAAUGAGCUGUGGGGAUGGGGUUACAGUGAUACGAUCCAUCCAAACACCUCGCCCACUGACAUCACUGAGGAGCAGUCAUCUUGGGACGGUGUUAGAUAAAAGAAACAUAUCACCAUGUGAGCCCCCUCUGCGCCAAUCGGAGAGCUGGAUUCCAAUGUGUGGGCGGAGUCUUGGUACUUCUCACGGCACAUCCAAUCAUGUUGAACAUGGACUCAACAUGAUGGAUUAGUGGAAGCAGUCAUACAUGACACCCAAUGCUAAUUGCUGUGUGAAUCAAUGACCCUGCUCAACAGUGCUCUAUCAUCCAGCACUGUCCACAGAGCACUAUGUCUAUAAUAUGAUAGAUGAUCAAGUUUUUUGUUGUUUAAUAAUCAAAAUCGAGAGACAAAUGUGUAAUAUCAGAAAGAAAAUGGCAAGCCAAAGGUUGGACAUUCCUCUGACGGACUAUUUUCCCUCUUCGUAACGUAACAUGUUAUUUCCUAUUUCCAAAUCUUUUUUUUCUCAGGCUUUUUUUGGUCUUGCUCCCCUUUAGCAUUUUGUCAUUUUUAGCAUUUUGUUUAAAAAAAGAGACAUUUGAGUUACAAAACUCUGCCUCACAGACCUUCCUCAGUAUUAACUCAAUGUUCACACAUCACAAUAGAGGCUGUUGAAAGUGAUGACAACUGAAAAGACUAAGAAUAUCACAAAAGCUUUUUUUAAAUGCAGACUCUCUCACCUUUCUGUUUUAAAUGCUUUCAUUUAUCUCUCUCUCGGUUUCAGACUGUCUUCAGGAUCGUAGUGCUCGGGAUCUGGGACUACAUAGAGAACAAAGUAGAGGUUAGUGCUCAUGUUGUGUGUUUGUUGACAGACCUUGAUGAUUAAGUGUCAGAUGUUAUUUCCAGACAGGCCACCUGUUCAGAAAUGAGUAAUUAUUUAAUUCUUCUCUUCCUUUUUUUCCACCGAAUGUUCGUCACUUUGUUAUUUUUGGCUCUGCCUAGGAGAAGCAAAAAUUCAUGCAGGACUGUGACCCAGGACACAAGAGCUUGAGUAAUGAAUGAAACCAAAAGCCAAACCUGAGUUAUUUUAACCAAAUGAUUACAAGUUCAUUAUUUAAAAUUGGUAGUGGGAGAGACAAGAGCUAAGGAUCUGCACCGGCUUCAACAAUAUUUAUUGGGCGAAAUGGACCGCAAAUUUAGUAACUGAUGCAAAUUAAAAAACUUCCAAAAAAAAAACAAAAAACCGAAAUGAUGACUACAAAUGAAAAAGGAUGCAAAAAACUGAUACAGCAGCAUUAUCAGACAACAAGCUCAAAUUAUAUAAAUGAAGAAAUGCAGGAAAAAAAAACACAAAAUCAAAAAAACAGAUGAAUUAAUUCUGCUGUAUCAAACGGUUACAUAUAAGUACUCCAGGCCUGUAGGAGCACUAAGUGAAACAGCUUUAUUAAUGACAGAAUAAAUGAAGACCCAACACUGAGUUUAUCUGUUAUUAGACCAUGUAAUAACAAACGCUAACAGCAGCCAAGUGUGUCUGCUGAUCAUGUCCUACCAGUCCAAAACACAACUCCAUAACAAUGUGAAUACAACCUGGACAACAUCAGUUGAGAAAGAGUUUCUGAUGGAUAAAAGGCUUUAGUUAAAGCUCCUUUGAGGGACUUUAUAUUUAUGCAGACUUUGGCGCCCCCUUGUGGACAAGCUGGAAACCCUUAUAUUGCUGCUAAAUUUGAUCUUUUGAAAGUGGUGUUAAUUGGGGUGAAAAAAUUCUCCUUGUGAUGUCUUGUUACAGUGAAAUAUAUCCCUCACUGUGAGUAUUUGCUGUGAGAAAAGAAACAUUAAAAAGAAAACGUAGAAACUGUCAGUUUUGUCAUCAAUGGUCUCAUUUUCUUUUGUACAUCAUAGAGAUGCAUCACUGUCCAUUUCAGUCUGUUUCUCCUCACCGGAACUUUCAGUAACCACUAAUUAGAGUAGCUAAGAGUAGGUCAGCUAUGGAUCUCAUUUAAUUGUGCUAGCUACUUAUUAGCUACCUGAUGUCAGGCUCUCAGUACAGGGGCGUGUCGGUGUUUGCAAACAUUCAUUGGGGCUUUAGACUGCCUGGAGACUUGAGUUGUCCGGCCUGGUGUGAUGGCAAGGGAAGUGGUGAGGUUUAUAAACCUGGAGUAGUUUUUAAGUUACUGGAGGAACUUCAUGUCAGUUCAAGUUAAUUGGAAGUAUUUUCAAAGCUAAUUCUGUGAAUUAUUAACUGAAGAAAAAAGAAAAGCUAAUAAACUUACAACAAGUCUGUUCUGGACUCUGACUGCUGGGAUGAUGUAUGCAGGGGGAAAAGAUGGAUGUCAGGCGCCAUGAUCCACCCAUCUACAAAAACCUGAUCUAGGAUUUGGUGGCAGCAGCCUGGACGCUGCAUUCAUAGUCUGAAAGUUUUGCGGGUACAGACAGGAGACUGAAACUAACAAUAUUUUCAUUUAUCUGAAUCUGAAAUUUGCUCCUGUGUAUGACCCGCUCAGGUUUUUGAUGGCGCUGUCAUCGUGCUGUCCCUGGCCCCCAUGGUGGCCUCUACGGUGGCCAAUGGGCCCAGCAGCCCCUGGGACGCCAUCAGCCUCAUCAUCACUCUUCGCAUCUGGAGGGUCAAGCGCAUCAUUGAUGGUGAGACAGAAAAAAUCCUUGUGCCCAUGAAAGUUGUCUCAUGAAACUUUCUUUAUGUGAGAACAGUUAAAUUUGAGGAGCAAAUCCAGAAAACACCCAAUCAGUCAUGAUUCAAAGGGAGUAAAGUCAUGCAUCAAAAUGAGCUUGAAGUGAAAAAGCAAAAUGACCCUAUUCUCUCCAUGAUUGUACAAAUUAUUUACUAUUCAGAGCAAUAGAGUUAUUGAUCGGCCGUCCGAGGAAAUCGCUGCCACUCUGCUUCUCUAACUUGUAUUGAUUGUAAGGCUCUGGUUAAGUAAAUUCAGAGAGGCCAUAAUGAAUAUAGUGGUUAUUCUCCUCUAUGCUAAUGCUAGCUGGUUCGAUAUCUUUAUAGAGGUCACCCUCACUGCAGGCUUUUAACUGCAUACGAGAUGAACUGCAGUGACACAGAGGACCAGUGGAGUCUUCUUUUCUUUAAUACUUCUUUUCUAAAGCAAAAGUUUGAUGUUUUAGGAGAGUAAAUCAGAGAAAAUCACAUUCACCCACACAUCCCUCAGCGGGAGCUUCAAUCAACAAGCGUAACAACAACAAAAAAAAUCCUCAUAUUGGGUUUCUCUGUAUAGUUUGAAAAUAUUUUUUAUCUAUUUUUACUGUUAUUGUAAUGUUUUUAUUUUCUCUGUUGGACCCCAGUAAGACUCGCUUUGUCUUGACAAAAGCUAAUGGGGAUCCUAAUAAACAAUAAACAAUUACUGGAUGGUUUGCUGAGGCAGUUGAGUCAUAGGAUAGCGCUAGCAGGUUUGCAUCAGUUUAGUGAGUACUGGGUGAAACAGUGAGCUUUAUAACUCAAUCCAAAAGAAACAUACUCUUCCUGACAACAACCUUCAUGCUCCUUGAGGUACAUGUACUAAAGAAGGGUAAAAACAAGAGGGAUUAUCCACAGUAACCCCAGUAAUUUUACUUACCAAAGCUAGCUAGCCCCCAGAGAGUAAAAUUUUACCAAAAUCAUAAUUAGCAGCAAUGCUGAUUCAGCCUUAAACUUAUGUUCUUUUAUUGUCUUAAAUGAAAUUGAGACAUCCAUUUACUCUUAUCAAUUUUGUUUCUUUUUAUACAGUUUUUACAGAAAAGUCUGUGAAGAAAUUUCUAUCUUUGUUCAUUGUAGGAUGAUUUAAUUGAGACUUAAAAUUAAAGACAUUGUAUCUUGGCUAAAAGGGAAACGUCUCACUGGCAUAAUUCACAGCUUUGAGAGUCCAUAUGGUUCAGUCUCACUGACUGACUGUGGUACACUCUCAGCAGGAGCAGCAUGUUCCCUGCUUCUUUACAUGCAGCCGUGGUGUCGGUUUGCAGGGAAAGAGCUUGUGAUUAUCCUGCUGCACACCUCGACCUGUUGGGUUUGAUAUCUGUGAGUGAUUGAGUUUCCUUGUUAGGCAGUCAGCAACACACCUCAGAGAAAAAAAAAAAAAAACACUCCCAAACCAAUAAGGGUGCAGCUGAGGGACCGACUGGGUUAUCAUUGUAGAGAGAUUGAGUCUCUCGCAGAAUUAUCUUGAUGUAUAGAUGAACAGUGGUGGUGUUAGUGUCAGUCUCAGAAAUAUAAUGGAGGAAACUACAGGACAACAUAUGCUGACCAUAAAAUCUGAUUGAAACUCAACAUGUUCCAGGGAGGGUUUCAACCAAACUAAAUAGGUGCAGUAAAGUCAUGCUUCACAUUUAAUACAGGGAAACAAGGUUUUGUGGACGGUUACAUUAAGUAAGUGAUGCAGACUUGUGUUAGCAGAGAAGCGCUUGACUGAAGCAGGACUACAUAGUAUAUUAGCCUCCAUGAAGUUCAGGUUUAAAUUACAGAGUUGUGGAUGAAUGUCCUUUAUUGCUCAGUAAUGAACCCAUAGUCAGCUUUUUUGUGCCUGUUUGAAUUCUGACAAGACUGACCCCCUAAAUGUCCCCAGUUUUGCAGCGUGUGUGUGUGUGUGUGUGUGUGUGUGUGUGUGUGUGUGUGUGUGUGUGUGUGUGUGUGCCAACCUGACUAUAAAUAGGAACAAGGAGCAUGUGGCGAUAGCUGCUGUGCUCUGCCCCCCUCAGUAUCAGAGAGGCUGUUUCAGCCUUCUCUCGGUGUUUAGACAAAGCCCUCAGUUUACUGUAAUAAUUGUUCAAAUCCAAAAUCACAACAAACAAAACAGAGAUACAGGGACUCAUUACUGUGAGUUUUAUCUAUUUAUGUUGCUCAUAGUAAUAUUCUCCAUCAGGGUACACAGCAGUACCAUGUUUGAUAUCACGUGGCUGGCUUACAAAUGUGAUCACAGAGAGCUGUGAGGGACUGAUCGCCUGCCACCUGUGAUAACAACAGGUAUUCCCAUUUACUCUCACUGUUACUAUUUUAGUACAGUGUACUGUUCUGCUCUAGAAAGUGUGUCAGGUAUAUAUAAAAUGUGCAGUCUGGUUCAGAGAGAAAGAAAUUCAUUGAUCAAAAUGUGAUAUAACUGUUCACUUAGUGUCAUUCCCAUACUUAACUGGUUAUUACUGAAUACGUACAUAAAAAUAAAUAACUAUUAAACAAAUCAGCCUCAGUUUUAUAUGAAAAUUUAAAUUACAAUCUGUAAAAGAUGAUGAGAGUUGACUAUAAUUUUAGAUCUGUCAUGGAAAGGGAAAAUAUUCAAGAGUGACUGUAGUGUGCUGGCAACACUUCAGUACAGCCAGUGGCAUGCUCAGGAUACUUGAGGGACAUGAGCAAAAAAAAAAAACAACAACAAUAAAAAAGAAAAAAAAAAACCUUUUUGCCUUGAAAGACUUUGAAAAGGUAUUUUGUCUGCAUUUGAACCACCAGUAGGGCAACCAUGGGACACUUUGUCUACAUUUUAUGAGCAAGUAAGCAACCAGGGGUCACUUUGUUUACACUUUAUCCACUACCAGGUGCAACCAAAGGGCACUUUCCAGAUCUUAUUAGCCAUUUGUUUACACUGAUCUGCCAAUAAAGUAACCAGGGGACACUUUUAACAUUUGAUUUACUAGUACAGCAGCCAGAGGCAAAUUUGUUGACAUUUGAUCCAUUACAAAGAGUGAUUGAAGGGCAUUUUGUUUAGGUUUUUCUACUGAUAAAGCAGUGAGAGAGCACUUAAUUUACAUGUUACCCGUUAAAAAGAGUAACCAGAGGACAAUUUUCACAUUUAAGUAGCUAGCAAAGGAACUAGGGGACACUUUGUUUACAAUGUAUUUGCUAGCAAAGGAACCACAUGACUCUUUAUCUACAUUUUGUUAGCUAGCAAAGCAACCAGAGGCCACUUUGUUUACAUUUGAUCCAUUACAAAGAGUGACCAAAGGGCUCUCUGUUAACAUUUUAUCUGCUGGUAAAGCAGUAAGCUAGCACUUUAUUUGCAUUUUAUCCACUUACAAAGAGUUUCCAGAGUGCUCUUAGUUUACAGUUUUUCCUCCAAUAAAGCAACACAGGACACUUUGUUUUCAUUUUAUACUCUGGAAGGAAAUCUUUUAGGUCUUUCUUGUGUGAUUUAUUUGUUUUUUUGCAAGGGCAGUAGAGGGUCUGUUAUGAUGUUUUCUACAGUGUUUCUUUUACUACAAAGGCAUUGAAGGUGGAGAGCCCCCUCUUGCCCCCCACUUCAGUACUUAACUAUACAUGUCUGUGCUAGGAAGAAAGUCAAGAUAAAAAUACACAAACAUUACUUGUUUAUCACUGAAAGGUGACGAUUGCGCCAUGUGAUCAUUAAAAUAAAGAAAGCUGUGUAACAAAAAUGCUAAGAUUCUCAUAUUUCUACACAAAGCAGGGUUUGGGCAUUGUUUUGAUAUAGUCUUACGGUCCAACAUAUUCCUAUUAACUAGGUAGAUCUCUUUGUAUGACAAUCAUAAAGGCUCACUCUUUGUGUUUAAUGGAUUUUAUGACUUUUUAAGUUUGUUUCAUUAUCACCAGUUUGUCUUUUCUUCAAGGAAACACUUCAUUUCACAAAGCAGCUGCUCUACAAUGAGAACAAAAGGAGAAACUACUGUUGAUGUCUAUUUUUUACCCAAUCUUUGCUCUUUAUCCUCUUCUGAGUAAAAACAGAACUUUGACUUAAGUUUAUCCAGAUGUUUUAAACUACUGUUGUCAACUCAAUGGGUCAUUUCUGGAAUAGAUGAGACGGGAGGUUGACAGUGUCAAUCUGAGCUGCAGAUUGUAACCCUCGACUUGAAAGACAUCUUCAAGUCAUUAUGAAACAAGAUCCCUCUGGAACAUGUUUGACACCUUGCUAAAAUCACUCAGCACAGGUGUAGGGUUACCAGAAGCUUCUAAUUAACGCUGUUCACUUGUGUGGUGUCAGGCAUAUGGAGCAAAGGACAAAUGAUCUAUCAACACUGACCUCUGACCCCAUUGCUUGAUGUAAACUUUAACUAGCUGCCCAAGUACAUUUUUUCUGUCAAUAGGACGUAUUUUAUAACUUAUUUCAUUGGUCAUAGAAGUCAUUGUCUUGUCUUUAAUUCUCUCCUUUCUCAGCAUAUGUGCUGCAAGUAAAAGUCGAGAUGGAGCUGGAGAUCCAGCAGUGUGAGAAGACCAAGGCUGUGAGAGAGGAGCAGCUGGAGCGUCUCACUCAGAUCUGCCAGGAGCAGGCUGUGAGUAGUCAUAGUAGUAGUAGUAGUAGUAGUAGUAGUAGCAGUAGUAGUAGUAGUAGUAGCAGUAGUAGCAGUAGUGGUGGUGGUAGCUUAAAGAUAGGAUAAAUUGAUAAAAACACUAAGACGCAGCUCCGCUAAAACUGGGUGUAUAUUAUGGUGGGAGCAGUACAUGUGUCCUCACAUGCAAAACACACCACUCACUGUCCACACAUAUUUUUCUGCAUAAAAGUUGAAAUUACCACAAACCUUUUUGCAACUGAAUUUAGACCAAAGGAUGAAUACUUUGUAUUCAAAAGACAAACACUGAAUAGAAAGCUGGAGGAGUGUACUUGUGUCAUAUUUCAUUUCUAAAGGCGCUCUAUUUCAACUGAAAAAGUCCCUCACUAACUUGUUCAGAGUCAGUAUUUACAGUCUUGCAGCAAACAGAAACCGAUGAUGGAUUUGUCUUGUUAAAUGGUUCCCAACAUUUAUAGUCUGCUGCACCAGCUCAUACGACCUUUGGCCAUGAGAGAAACUGCAAGUUCAUUCAGCAACCAGAAGAGGGCAGCAGUGCCUCACAAACAGGCCGACUCUUACCACACAGCUCAUCAUAUUUCCUCAGAGCACGGGCAGAUGAUCUCAUAAAAAAACACUGCAGACUGCAGGGACUGUUGAUAAUCACUUAACCUUCAGUUGAUCAUAUUGCAGAAAUUUAACCCCAGAAAAAAUUUAAUUACCAUUCACACAUAAUGAUAUGAUGCUCGCAAAAACCCCCUUUUUAAAAUUCACAUAAUGAAGGGAAUACAUUUUUUGAUACUCUUUCAAUUCCUAGUUUAGGAUAAACCUAAUCCAACAGGCUCAAAUAUUACCAUGGUCACAUUGCAAUGUGAGUCAAAUAGUUUUUUUUUUUUUUUGCUACUUAUUCUCUUUCUUCACGAACCCCAACCCCUUUCUUUUUCUCUUUCUGUUUUUUACACAUACACUCUGACCAUCUUCAGUUUGAGAUUAGGCAGCUGAGGGCCCAUCUGGCCCAGCAGGACCUGGACCUUGCAGCAGAACGUGAAGCAGCCAUGCAGAUUCAUCAUCACGUAUGGGGCAAGCAGGGAAGGAGUUUUCAGGUUGUUGAAGGCGCAACUCCUGGAGAGUCUGAUGAUGAGGGUGGACAAAGAAACCCCAGAGAGCCUCAUGCCACUUCAGGUAAAGUGCAGUUUUUCAUUUUAGAAAAAAAACAAUCAGGAAGUAAUUGGGAGAUUUGUUUUUAAAUAAUGAACACAGCUUAAUCCUUAAAGGGGACAAGAACAAAUAGAAAUAUAUAAGACAUAAUUAGGCUUUAAUAUACCUGCUAUGUGCUUAUCGCAGUUGAUUAUAAUUGACAGUAAAACACGUUUUCUGAAAACUGAGGUAUUCAGAUGAGUGUAUGACGUCAAAUGUAACUAAUUUAAAUCCACACAAAGCCCAGCUUGGGGUUUGCUUGAGAAAGCAGCUUGACAAACUAGGAGAGAGGUGCAGCAUAAAGUAUGUACAUAAUUAUGUGGAACAAAAAGUCUCUGACGGUGUAACAUCAGGUGAACUGGAUGCUAGAGCAGUGUACAGCUAAUCUGGAGCAGUAGCCCUGGAGCAUCUCCCAGGCCAAGCUCUUAGCCCCUCUGCACUCGCACAUAACACCCAUGUGACCGCAGGCGCUCUGGGAUCAAUAUGAGGGCAAAAAGGCUUUUAGGAUCCAGUGAAUCCUGCAGACAACAAGCAUGUUCACUGACACGACAUCAGCUAGCAUGGGCUUCAUCCUCAUGCCUUAACUGACUCUCUUACCGGCCCCCUCGCGGCGAGGCCAGCCUGGCUGACCUGCACCGCUUGGGCUAUUUCAGGUACAGAGUGCUCUGUGCAUUGGGCCUUGUUAGGAGAGAGUGGGCUUCUGUCAACAUCUGUUCCCCUUCACCUGAAAACCACAAUAGGGCACCAGGAAACGGCAGUGGCCGCAAUAUUACCCCAAGGGCAUAGUGGGAAAUCUGGCUCUUAGAAACAAGUGGGCCUUUUUGCAGGAACAUGGUCACUGGGAUGAGCACUAAGGCUACAGGGCUUAAGUCAAGUCAGGUCGACUCAGAUCAAGUCAGGUUCGUUUUUUAUUGCUUAACCCUCUGAUGCAUGAAUUAUGAAAGCCCUGAUUAAGAUUUUUUUCACAAGUGUUUUUAGUAUUCUCAGGACAUAAAAGAACAUGUUAAACUGUUUUUUUCCAAAAAUGUUAUUUUUUCACAAAACUACAGAAGUGUCCAUUCAAGUGGACUACAUGCGCCUGAGCACUCAACACAAAACAUUAUGAACUUACAGUAAAAAGUACAAAAAAAAGUACAGUACACCUAAAUAUGCCAAACUAUCUCCAACAUUGGAAACAAAAUUGUAAGUCCCCACAGUACUAUAAAGAUUCAGGACUGACAUUACCAUGCCCUUAUACGAGCAUGUUGUUUUCAACAACAAAAACUGACAUUUUAGUCCCUGCAUCUCCAAACAUGUCUCUGCUCAUCACACCUAGGAUGUAUGAAAGUUGGCAAAGCAUCCAGGGCACAGUGGCACACAGGCUUAAUAUGAGCACAGGAUUUGCUCAUAUCUGUUUACAGACAUGGCAUUUGCAAUCAUCCCUAGAUGAAGGCCAUCCUCACUAGACCAGUACAUGUGUGCCCUGGGAUAACAAAUGUAGCUGUUUGAUGAUUGAUCUAUAAAAGAGUGAUUCAUCUUAUGCUCACUUGUUAAUGACACUUGCUAAUGUUAACUCAGAGAUGUCAUCCUUGUAGGACAGGACACAAGUUGGUGUUUUUCACUAUAUCAUCAAUGAGAUCUGCUGGAAACAGAUGUCUGGAGAAGUCUAUAGGAUCUCUUCUCUCCACAUUGAAUUUCCACUCUCCUAGAAAAGUAGGCAAAUCUCUAUCAAAGAGAUUGUCUUGGACUUUCCAGAUAUUUUUGCUUGCUUGAGAAUGGUCAGGUGUCAUGUGCCCAUUUUCCACAGCUCCCUGAUCAUGCUGACCUUCCCCUGCAUCCUGCCUCUCAUCAUCCUGGUCCUCAUCCACUUGACUAUAGGCAUCUACCCUUUCUGCACCCUGACUGUCUGUAUCUCCAUCAUCCUCAGCCCCUACAUUUCUAUUCUUCUCUGGCAUCCACUUUUGGUCACUGCUACACACUGAUUACACUGUAUACACUGAUUUAUAACCAAAACAGCCACAAGUAACAGUGGAGCAAUUACAUGACUCCUGUUAAAAAAAAUACUGGGUGAUGCAUGAUGUCCACUCAGUUGGACACAUGGUUAAUUGGGUGAUGCAUGAUGUCCACUCAGUUGGACACAUGGUUAAUUGUAAUUUUCUACAUAUUGGACAUGAAAUUUUCAAUUCCAAAUGGAUAAUAUCCUUCCUUAGAUGUUACAGGAUAUCAUCAUAUUUUUUUUACAGCUGGGGUUCUUCUACUAUAGAAGUAUUGACAGGACAUGCCAGCUGUAGUCAGCAGGGGUGGCUGUUUCUCGGCCAUCUUGGAUUUGUAGGAAAUUUACUUGCAGUUACACUGAUUGCUCACUAAAUGUAACUCAAUAGAGUAGGGCAGUAGAGAGUAACCUAGAGGCUGAUAUACACUUCCACCAUAAAAACCAUUGCAUUUAAGAGAAAAUGAGUUUUUGGUAGCUGUCCACUGUAGUGACCACUAUGAACCAGAGGGUUAAUAUUGAACACUCAGGCUCUCGGUGGGCUUCACUUACACUUUAAUCCUUAAGGAACUCUUGUAAAGGCUGUGGCCUUCACAAGAAUGAAUGACCCAGGAGAUUCAAGACUAAUACACCAAAUCAGGAUUUUUAGAACAGUAAAUAAAACAAGGUUGAUCAAUGAGCCUCUGGUUUUUUCCUUCAGGUGUUACAAGAGAAUUGUAGAAACAAAGCACAAAGUAUGAAAACAGCAAGAAAGCAUUGAAACAAAGAAGUAUCAGCUAGUCACUUUUCUGAUAAUUCUAAUUAAGUUACCUAAAUACCACGAGAGCAUUGGUACAUUUUAAAUAUCUCUUAAGUGUUUACAGCUACAAUGACUAUGCUAACAUACUAAUGUCAUCUUAAGUAGGAUUUUAACAAAGUGUCAUAUCUUUAUACGUUAGCAUGAUAUCUUAUGACCAUUAAAACAACUUAAGUGUUUAAAAGGUUUAAGGUUUGCAGGUAAUGAAUUAUAAACCAAAUUUUAAACUCAAAUAUAGAAGUAACUAAAAGAUCAGAGGUGCCCAAAGGUUUUUUAUUUUAAAAAGUAGCUGUUUGAUGAUUUGAUCCAUACAAGAGUGAGUCAUUUUCCGCUCACUUAUCAAUGACACUUGCCGAUGUUAACUAAGAGAUGUCAUACUUAUAGGACAGGACAGUCUGCAGAAGAUUUUGUUUCAAUCCAAAAUCUGAUAAUUGAUGAGAUUUUACAGUCUGGACUAAAGACAGCCAUGGACACCUGACAGACAGACACUGACUUUGCAAGAGCCAUGCUGCUAAAAUAGUUAAAGCCCUCACAGUGUAUGAGUAAAGCUCCCUAAUAAAAUCUAUUUAUAUUUAGAAUAUAAUAGUAAUUGCCUUUACAAUUUGUUUGUGCGUUCUGUCAUUAGCUGCAGUGUCCUGCCUCCUUGGGAUCCUUCUGUAAAAUUGUGGUAGAAAAUUAAGCUCAAAUAACCUCAGUGUGUCACCUCUUUUUAGUCACAGACAGAUGACAGCCCAGUUACUUGAUUGUCACAGAAAAAAAGACUGUUAUAUAUGCUGGACAGCCCAUUCUUUUUUUUUUAAGACUCAUGUGUUAUUAAUUGUGGAGGGAUUGUCUCAGUCUUGUUUUAGUGAGUGCAAUGCUUCCUCUCCAGGGGUGGCUCAGGGAUUAAUAUUUUAGACUGAAAAAUAAAUGAAAUUACCCAUCAGAGUCUGCAGCAUGUCCCAGGGGACAGGGGCUAGCACUCAGGGUACUCUGGGUUCGCACUCAGCCAGCGGACAGUGAGCUCAAGACCAAUCAAGCGAACAGAAGAGCCUUGCAGAUCACAGCCAUUCACCACGCACACUCAGGCCUGCCAGACCGAAGAGAUCUGUGCCUGAACAAAGAGAUCUUACUCUCUCUCUUAGUUAUUUUUCCCCAUUUUCUACAGUCAUGAAACCAAGCCCAUCCUGUACCCUGUCCUAGUUUAGUUCUAGUGUACUAGGCUGCAGCUAAUGGGCAGUGUAGCAGAGUGUGUUCCUGACCACUCGUCAAUGAAGCACCUGUGGCCUGGGGCAGAAGUCAUAGCUGUCAAUAUUAUGUUGUAAACAUGGGAGAUAUUUUCUAUUUUGACUGGUCUGUAAUGUUUAUGUGAAAUUGAUCAAAGAAGCUGCAUGUUAAAAGGUGUAAAAUCCAAUUACAGUCUCUGACACACUAUUGGCUUUUUGAGUCAAUGAUAUUGUGCUAAAUCUGAUCAUAAUCUUAUCAGAAUAAUAUAUUGUCAAUGGUAUUUAUUAUCAUGUUAGAUCAAAAAAUACAAGUCUGAACAGUGUUUGAUUCAUCUUUGUUUUUAAUUACAUGUAAACUUUAUUCCAACAAAACUAUGUUGUAGAAAUAUCGACAAUGUGGUUGCAUAAUAUUAUGGAGUGACAUUGAAGCAUUUAUUUCAGUCAGCACCAAAAAAUUAUCCACAUAAAAGACACAUAAGAGCUAUGUACAAAUCACAAACAGAAAUACAUUUAGAGAGUAUUUAAGAGAAAAUAAAUACAAACAGUAAAUGUAGGCAGAAGCUUUAGCUUGUUCUGCCCUCCCUUUUAAAUAAUACAUCCAGCGUAAGCAACCAUGUACUCUAAAAUUAAGUACAAUAUAACAUCACAAUCUUUAAACGCUCUAUCAAAAAAGAACCAGCAAGCAACUAAAACAAAGACCCUAGAGUAUCAAAUCAACCUGAGAUUUAGGUCUUUUUAUAAUGUUUACAAUCAACCGAUCCACACAAAUGAAAUCAUAUAUUUGAACUCCUCAUCACAGCUGCUCUGACCUCUUUGUUUUUAAAGGACCUGUUCCUCUAAACUCAUACCCACUCUCUCUUUUUUCAAACAGCCCCUGAAUACAACCAAGAAUUAAAUUUUUUUGUGCUUUAUAUAUAAAGUGUGCAGUUUUAAACAUGACAUGAUGAACAAGAGCCAGUAAAAGAACAAAAACAUUGUCCUGUGUAAGGGUCAGACUUUUGUCACUGAGUGAUUUCUAAUAUGAUAAGAAUUAUGAGCAUAAUUUCUGGGCGUUUUGAAGUUCUUUUCUGAGGAGUUACUAUAACUUUAUGAAUCUGAUACACUUUUGCACAUGGGCACAUCCCCAAACAUAUGAUUUUACUGAAAGACAAGAAAAGCAACAAAUACACAUUUUGAUUUAUAGUGUAGGGAAUUACAAAAUUUAGAUGUACAAUUUUUGAAUCAUACACGUUUGUUAUUGCUCUUAGACAUAAGAAUUUAACUCAAUUAGUUAAAUGAUUGCAACAGAUAUUCAUUUAAAACUAAGGUAGAUAGGGUUUUUUAGCCUCAUUGGGGAAAAAAUGGUAAAAUCGUUCUCUAAUAUAUUCCCCAUUUUUUCAUUUUUGACUCCAGAUCCAGUUGUACGUGACGACAUGAACAACUACAUCAGCCAAUACUACAGUGAGGCAAGCAGUGGUGAGCCAACAUGAACCUCCUCAUCACACAUUACACACCACUCUUUAAAGCUCCUCUGAGGAGUUUUUUUUGGCAUAAAUGGAAUAGACUGAAAUUCAUGCUGGUGACUCUCUAUGCCAUACUAAAGCUAACAAGACCACCAGUGUUAGGAGAGGAGAUUUUUAUAUUGUAAUUUUUAAUGAAUGCCUGAAACUAAGGGGUAGGUGUCAUCUAAGCCGCUGAAGAAACAGUCCUGUUUUUACAAUUUCCUAAUAAAAUAUUCACAAUAAUACAUUUGACUGUCAAAAGUCAAGAAGAUUAGUUUUUUGUUGUUGUUGUUGUUGUUGUUGUUGUUGUUGUUGUUGUUAGAAGACAUCAGUCAAGCACAUCGAGGAUAGAAAAUGGACACACAAUAAAAGUUUCUAAGAGAAGCUUUAAGUGAAUCAGCCAAUCAAAAACUUUGUGCUUAAAUUCAUCUUGUCCAUGUAAUUGACCUUUUCUUGUUUAAUGUGGAUCAAGACCUUCCUUUUUUAUGCUUGACCUUUACAAUAUGGAAAUUUUAAUUUUGUUCUUAAAAUGUUUUCUGCUCAGUGUUAUAGAGUCAAACGUUUUUACAGUUUCAUUUAGCCAAAAGAAGGAAAUCUGUUGAGUUAAUUAAAACCAAAUAUUAUGUUUGUUCGUCUCUGUUUCGUCAAACUUUCUCUAAAGACGCUGGAGCUUCUGGCUUGGGUGCUCGUGUCAUUACCACAGCAGCCAUUGAUGUUCACCUUCCCACCAAUCCAAACCCCGUCCAGUCCAAUCCAAUGCUGUCUAUGGAGCGAGUGGGCAGUGCCGUAAGUGAUGUCUCAACCAGCAUAUCACGGUCGAGUGGCAGCCUGACGGCCCGUCCACACAGUCUGAGCAGUCACACUCCAGGUUCAUCCAUGACAGACUGCAGCAGCAGCACAGCUCAUGACCUUAGUCUGAGCUACAGCUCUCACCGCUGCUGCCCAUCUUCUUUUCCAGUCCAGGACCCCUGCAGGGAUCCGAGUGUGGUGGUGCAGGAGCUCCUCUCCUCCCUCUCUGAAGACUCCUGCCUCGCUCAGAAGGGGCUGGCUGUAGACCCUGUAAACCUUAAACUCCCCAGCCCUACUGGCUCAGAGAAAGCCAGCCCUGAGCUGGACAACAGAAUAAACCUCUUUAACAGGAGGAACCAGGAGGAGAGACGAGGCCGGGGGAGGGGCUGUGUGCUGUUGCAGACUAAACCGCUGAUCCACCUGCAGGGCAGCACCACUGAGCCGUCCCUGGAGGAGAAGUACCGGCUCCUGGGACCAGCUGACACACCUCUGGGGCACGUGCCUGAUACAUAAGCUACAUUUAUACAGAAAUAAAAGUGUCUAAUUUUCUUUUUACUGCCACCCUGUUUGGCUUUUAUCUGAACUUUUGUGAAGGGUGACCUUUAUUAGAGGGACCACACAAGAUUUACUAGUUGGACUAUCCCUACGCUUAGUAAAUCCAGUCUCAGCCAAUCCAGAGCAAGCUUGAGCCUUUAGCUUCCAGCUAACACGGAUGCUCCUUAACUUGCGAUGUUCAGAAGUUGAUAGUAGAAGUGAAUAGACAAUAAGGACUUCAAGCCCUUUGCCAUACUGUCCAAUCUCCCUGGUUCCUUUUUCGAUGGACUCUUAAAACCACAAAUGCCCUGAUAUAGCACAAAGGACCAUAACAUCCCAGUAGGGGGGAGUCUGAUGUGUUUUUGGACACAUUCUCUAUCAGGAAUUUUCACGUCGAAUAGGUCCUAAAAGCACUGAACUUUACAUGAAUUAAAACCAGCAAGGGGCCAUUCAAGCCUUUACUGAACAAAAACUUCAAAACAGUCUUACAAACCAAGACUCUGCUUUUCAAAUUUCAAGCAGUUUAAAGACGUAUUUUCUAUGACAUUUUUCUUCUCCUUUUCUUUUUCUUUUUGUUUGUAUGAUCAAAUUUGAACACCAGUCGAGCUGUUCUUUGUUCAAACAGCCACAGGGUACAUAAGACUGGCUUCACUCUACAAACAGCCAAUUUCUUUUUCUUUCUUCCUUCCUUUCUUUCUGUCUUUCUUUCUUUCUUUUUAACCUUUGCCUUUCUGUCAGCUAUCUGUUUGAUUUGAGUAUCAUCAAAGUUUCUUGAAUAGCAAUUUUGUUUUAGUUGUUCAGAAACAUGAGUAGGGUAUAUUUGUGUGGAUGAAGUGAAAAGGUAAGUGAGUGGAUUCUUUACAUGAAACUAGACUGGAGUGCUUGUAGCAUGAACCUUUAAAAGAAAUGUGCCCUAAAUGGCAAGCAAAUCCUUUGCACUUUAAUGUUUACAGACACUUUUGUAAACUUGAUAUGGAAAAAGUUAUUGCCAAAUGCAGGUGUUGUCAUUUGAAUGAAAAUAGCAAAAAUAAAACUUAGUAUUUCCUUACCAG